AUGACAAUGGAUUACUUUCUGCUUUUAUGCAGCCUCUUGCUGCCUGUGGUGUCCUCCGUUGAAGGUAAGACAUUUCUUCUUUUGGUUUUCUUUGGCAGGGGGCUUGAAGCGUAUUUUUCAUGAGCCAGCACCCAUGCCUGCCAGUCCUAGACUGGGCGCCACAGCGGGUGAGGCUCCUGUCUCCCAAAAUUCUUCAUUUUCUGUCUUCUUCGUAUUAAAACCAGCGUUUCAUUUCCAAAGUGGCCAUCUGGCUUUUUAGGGAUCUCUAAUGGCAUUACUGGCUUUACGCAGCCAGGCGCUGUAGCCGGAGCAGAUUUCACUCCACGAUUGUUAUGCGCGUUAAGCAAAGCUCAUCCAUUUCAAUAGUUGUGUAUUCUUCUUUUUGUUGGAGAAGCUACUGCGGGGUGCUGCGGCUUUCUUCGUCACUUAGGGGGAAAUUAGCUCCACACUGUAGCCCAUCGGGGAGUCGCGGCUCCGAGACCCCCACCAGACACUUUCCCUCAGGUCGGCUGCGUGUAUUUUAGUACUGUGUGAGUGCGUGGCCUUUUGACUUGUGGACCAACAAUCUGAGGUCAAAGAAAACACUCGAAAAAGUUGUAAAAGUCUAUUUUUGUGGACCUGAGAAUUAGUCAAAUCUGUUAAAUGAAUUUUAAAUUGACCAAAAAUUGAAUGAAAAAGUGAAACAGAAAUUGCAAAUGUAAGAAAAUACCAGCACUCUCAUCAGUUUGGAUUUCAUCUUUAUUCGUGUUGUCAUUUUUUAAGUGGCAUCGAUUGAAUGUUUACAGUGAUAUUUCAUAGCAGUCCCUCCUAAUAACAAAGCCAUCUGUUCUAGCUAAGCGUGGAUGUUUGCCGUGCGUAAAAAUCGAUGGGAAAUUCUAUCUCUCUUUGCUCGAUUGCGAGGUACACUCUCUCUCUCUCUGUGUCUUAUCCUCUAUGUUGAAAUUACAGUCUUCUCUGUAUUCGGGGGAGAUGAGAAUAAACUGACAAGUGGAAAUAAGGUUGAAAGGGGCCUAAAGCUUGACACUUUGAAUACUGGAGCUCCGGCGAGGCUUGUGAUGCCAGUAGGAAAGUAGGACAGUGGGCCAGUGGCUCAGUGAACGCCUUUCUCAUUCGGUUUGUUUCUCGACCUGUCCUGUCUGUGUCUCAGGGGUUUUUACUGCCUGGGAUUAACUGAAAUGUGUCUGAAAUAGAUAUCCAUGAUAGUUUUGACUUUUGUUUCAAAUGUAACUGACGAACUAGUCAUGUACAGUGUGCAAAAUACAGUAGAAACGCUGCACGCCGAAACAACAAAUGAACACAACGCCUUGUAAAUAACACGAUUUGCUUCUCUCCAUUGCGAUGCAGUGUAGUUAGACCUAUAAUCAUUCAAAAGUAAAAUUAUGUUUUGCACUCGGUGUGACAGCAGUUAUGAGUUUGAUUUUCGGUUGCUUCUGUGCUCACUUUCCAGAGUCCUGACCCCCAUAUGAUAAACAUCCGCAGGCCUGUUCCAGUCUGUGCUGCAAGAGAGAAAAAAAUAAAGAUCCCACUGCUGCUUGAGCUCUUAAUGAAAGCACAAUUCUGCCGAAAUUGCUUUUUACACCAAAGUGCUUCUUCUGCACAGAGCAGAGUGAAGCUUAUCUGAUCUGAUUUACUGCUGUACUGGUAGGCUACAUAAGGAACAGGGUGGUAGAAGACGGUCUGAUAAGAGAUGUGACUCUCUCGGCGAAUAGAAACAUCACUGAAACUUUUUAUGUUGCUAAAUUAAGUUCUGAAUUCACAACCGUCUUAAUUGGGGUGUUUAGAGCUGGCUUUAGUUAUGUUUUUUAUUACCUUCUCCUAUGCAAAAUUAUUUUGAAACCCUAGUCCUUUAUUUUGCUAUGGACCCCCCCGGACCGCUCUCCGUGACCCCUGCAGGUCACCGGACCCCAGUUGGGAACACUGACUUAAAACACAUGGCUUGAAUGGAUGAGUGGAUUCUUGCUGUGCAGAAGUUUUGGGGGGCUCCAGUGGAAGAUCCACGGAGAGAAAGAAGUGAACGAAAGAAAGAGAGAAACAGAGGGAGAGGUGGUGUUUUCCUGAUGGUGGCGAGUUAGCUGCGCGCAAACCUGAAGUUGACGAUUAGAACAAACUAUUCAUGCCAUAAAUUGUAACUGGUCGACCUAUGUGGAGGUUUUACCAAAGCUUUUAAUGCAGCCGGGUGAUUUAUGGUGCCUGCUGGAGCUUCUUUCUGGGUUUAUGGAGAUUUAGGGAGAAACACGCGGCCUGCUGGGGAAGUUUCCCCGGCCCCACCGUGCGUCUCUGCCCGGGUCCACGGGUCACAGCGCUCAGGGACAGCUUCUUAAUGAAUUCAUGUUUUCUUUCCUUUUUUUUUUCCUCUCCCCUCUUUUUCGUAUCUCCUUACUAGUUUCACAUCCGCUCCUCAAACAGGACUACAGCAGUUUCAGCCAAUCCUCAGUCGUGUAUAUUUAGCUUGCUUUUAAUUAUUUAUUAUUGGCCUAUCGCAUUCUCUCUUUAACACAUCGCUGCAAAAAAUAGUGCCGAAGAAAAAACUAAAUAUUUGACAAAUUGUAUCACAAACUGUAAUCCAAAGUGGCUCAAAUAAAGCCCAUUAAAGGCUUUGUUGAACGUGAUUUCUGUUUCAGUCGAUGUUUAGUGGAAACUGAUUAAAAAGAUAAAGAAAUAUUAAUACCACAUCAUCUAAAUGUGUACAUUUGACUCGCCAGGUGUGUUCAGGAGAGUCUGUUUUCAAUUUAACUGUGUAUUUUGUGUAAAUGUGAACAUGAUCAUGUAUGAUUGUGUAUUUCUAUGUCGUUUAUUAUGAAACGUGAAUCAGGAGGUCAGAGUAAGGCCUCGCUGGGUUGUAAAAAGGCCGUGGCUGUUGAACUCCAGGCUGCUCUCAGAGUGCUGCAGGAGACAAAUUGCGCCGAUGACAGUCCUGUGUAGCGCACAGGCGCUGUGGUUAGUCCUGGGUGUAAAUUACUGGUGAUGAAGGGAGGAAGCACUGACUAUAUACAUGAACACGGGCGCCAGUUAUAUCCAAGCCGGGUCAGGUUGGACGCGAUUUCUCCAAAUCUACUGUCUUAUGUCCCCUUCUUUUGUCAAUUAAAUCACUUAAAAUGAUUUCUGCUCAAUAAAUUUUAUAUUUAGUUUAUUUUGAAGCUUUUAGGGGAUUUUCAGGCGCACAAGCUUUAUUACUUUUCUCAGCUGGUCGAAGUUUGGCUCAUUUAGAAAAAGUUUGGUGCGUAUUUAUUAUGUCAAACACAUCAACUCUGUAAUGCUUGCACUCCAGCCAAAAGCCUAAACCUCUUACGACAACUUCCACUCCAACAACUCUCACCUGGAAUAAUUUUCAGUGUAACGAAGACAAAUGGGCUUUUAUGGUCAGAGCUCAGGGUUCCCCACUCUCUCUCUCUCUCCGUGCUCUUUUUUUUUCUAUUUAUGGCCGUGUGUGUGUGUGUGUUUGGUGGAGUGAUUGCGCACAGGCAGUGCCUUUGAAGCGCACAUGUUUAUGUUUUUACGUGGGUGAGAUCACACCUCCACAGGAGCUUUCCUGUGCCUGUUUGCAGUUGGCACAUUUCUCCUCAAACCCUCUCCCGUGAUUUAUUCACCCUUGGUCCUUUUUAUUCCCAAAGCCGAGGAGGUCCCUUGUCAUCUUUAUUAUUUUAUGACUAGUGUUACCGGACAUUUGCCGCGAGGAAGCACAAACGGUCAGGGAUUUAGACGUGUGUAGUGUUUUUCUCCAGUAGAUGAUCAUUAGGGAAAAUGACCUGACAAAGAAAUUUGUCUUUAUGUAAAAAAGUUAAGGCGAAGGCCGUACAAGACAAAGAGGAUUCCCCACCUACAAAUAAAUAUAUAAAUAAAAAGACGCUUUUUGCUGAUAUCUACAAAUAUGAAAGUUUAAUUUAAGCAAACUUUAAGUGUGAUGCUUUUUGCUUGAGAUCAUGGAAGAAAGUUUUUUGUUUAGGUCAACCGUAUAAGUUAAAACAAAUAACUUUUGUGACAAACUAUCACUUCCUUUUAAAAAAUGAAUAGAUAAAUAAAUGUAGGGCUGUGAGGGUUGCAUCCUACCAAAACUCAAAAGAAGUUGAAGAAAAGUGCUAGAGGGGACCAUACUCGCCGUCCGAAGGCAUACGUGCGCCAGGUUGUAUUUCAGUGUAUGUCCGAGCAGGACUCACAGUGUGGCUGAAAUGUCAGAGUCCACUCUAGGAGGUCUUCCGCACUACACUGAAAAGCUAACUACUGAGCAAAUGUAUUUGGAGUCACAAUUGAGGAGACAAAAGGAACUAUUAGUGAGCCUUUGGUGGCAAUCACGCAGACCAUUCAGGACCUGAGUGGAAACGCACUAAAGAGGCCUGGGAAUAAAUUAGCAAAAUAAAAGCAGAGUCAUUGUGGCUGUGACGCUAAUUAAUCAUUCCUUAGGGUAUUAGAAAGGUCAAAGAAAUCUAUCUAUCUAUCUAUCUAUCUAUCUAUCUAUCUAUCUAUCUAUCUAUCUAUCUAUCUAUCUAUCUAUCUAUCUAUCUAUCUAUCUAUCUAUCUAUCUAUCUAUCUAUCUAUCUAUCUAUCUAUCUAUCUAUCUAUCUAUCUAUCUAAAUUGGAAAAACUACACGUAUUUCAUGCACACACGAUGUUUCACGUCAAAAUGAACACUUGCUCAGACGCGCGUCCACGCACCGUCACACAUCACACGUGUGUGGUAAAAAUUGUCAAUUGGUUCGUUUUCAUUGAUCGUAGGGAUCAGCGCAGCUCAGCCUUUUAAAAGCGCAAAAUCAGGUCUAAAUCGCCAAACUGCCUCCUCCCUGUCUCCCUUUUAGAAGCAAUUACCAAUUCAUAGGGAUAUCUAUCAAUACGUCCAAAUCAAUUGGCUGUGAGGAGAAGGUCUCCGGGCAGUGGUGCAGAUUAUCACGUAUGUUGUACUGGGCAUAUACUGUGCAGAUACACAUAAAUAUGACAUAUAUAAAACUAUAAAUUUAUUAUUAUUAUUAUUAUUAUUAUUAUUAUUAUUAUUAUUAUUAUUAUUAUCCACAAAAGUAGUAUAAAAACAGUGGUGGUAGUACAUGUAACACAAAAUAAAUAUACUUUUAUUUCACAUUAUCCAAAAUAAAAACAAAAAAUACUUUUAAAAUUUUUUAAAAUAAAUAAAUAAUAGUAUAGUUGCGCUUGUACAUUUUUGUAAUAAUAAUGAUUAUUAUUAUCUAAGGGAGUAUAAGACUAAUUAAUGCUGAUGUCUUUGUUCUUUUCAUGUCAUGUUUAUUAAAAAAUGUAUUUAUUGAUAUUGAAAUUAGUUAUUUCAAACCCUUGUGUCUGUCAUAUUUUCAGAUUUUACCCACUGUUUGUACUCUUAUACUUCGAAUCAUUUAUACUUGCCUAAAUGGCAUAUUAAUCGACAGUCACUAACAAGCCUAAGCUUUAAAAAGUAUAAAUAGAUGAAUACAUGAAUGACUAAAUGUACGUGAGAGUAAACAAUAGCACCAGUUUAUAACCUCCAGCAGUCCUUUAGUAGACUGACCUCCUCUGACAGCCCAGUUAGUCUCUAUAGGUCAACCGCUCGGCAGCAGCCAUGUUGAACAGAUGCACAGUGAUUUAGGUUCAGACAGGCCUAAGGCGCUCAGGAAAAAGGGGAGCGGAUGACAACGUGCUGGGAGUCGGGGUGGGAUGGUAUAGAGGAGGGGGUGAGGGGAGGCGGUGUGGUUGGGAUAUGGGGCAGAUUUGGAUCUGAAACCCAGGGUGAAGCAGAGCUAACAGACUUUACAGAUGCAGUGGGCCUGCAGGAGCGCUCAUGUGCACCCGCUGAUGGUUCAUGGCUCAUAUGGCGGCAUGGAAAGAUUCACCGAGUUGGAAUUUCACAUGAAGGCAGGCAACAGCCGUGUCCGGCCUGCUGGGGCCUUCACACACCAGGAAGUGGACUGAGCAGGAUGACCAGUGGAAAUAAUGCAGAGGGGAUGAAAAUAUGGAUGCUGUAAAGUUUAGCUGGGAUUCUGUGCCUCUUGAAAAAACAGUUUAGAUAAAAAAAGAGACAAAUAUGACACAGGGGUGAUGUCAAGCUGUGUCCGCUUAGCUGUGUUUGUUGAAGGCUUUACAUUUAGCUGUCAGAGCUUACUAAACAGGAUCCUCAGAGACGCAGAGUUAAAACAGCAGCCACAUUAUGCUGAGAGCAUAAACGGCUAUCAUAUAAUAUGAUAUGAUAUAAUAGGGCUUGCCUUGUAUAAUCUGGAUGAAAAGUAAUAAUAAUAAGUAGGAUAAAAACAACCAGUGUAUUCAUAACAAUUUCCAUGAUUAUAAAAGGUGUUAUUCCGGUGCUAAAAUGCUCCUUUUCAUCUUUCAUUUUUGUUCUCGCUGUUUCAAAGUUAAAGCUUCGUAUUCCUGGAAAAAGUGGCAGUGGGCUGAUGUCAACUAUGUGGAUAUAUUAUUAAAGCUUCUUUGGACAAUUUCCAAAGCUGUCCAUGUAUAUGCAGCUAGUGUGUGUGUGUGUGUGUGUGUGCAGUCCAUCCUGGCAUCCGACAGAGGGGCCUUGUGGGAUGGCAGGUUUUUGACACCCACUGUUGAGAGCAAGCAGAGGACGGGCGAAUGUGUCUGGGCCUGCCCUGCUACACACACACACACACACACACACACUGCUGGCGACUGUAGUCAGUCAAGCAGAACACAGGGACACACACACGUACGCACACAGGCAGAAGGAGAGGAAGAGAGAGAGAGAGGGAGAGUUUUUGUGCUCACGAGGAGAGCAAGAUGGGUGGUGUGAAUCAGAGUUCGAACAAUUGUGUACGUGUGUUUUUUAGGGUACAAGGCUGAGCUAGUGUUUGUGAUGAUUGUGUGUAUUUCUUUGUGUUGAUGUAAAGUGUGUCAAGGUAAACUUAUUAUAUAAAAGUAAUUAUGACUGGAUAAAAGGAUGAAUAAUUUAUAUCCUUGAAACAAACUAAACUUUUGACUUAAAAUCUUCCCUUUAAAGUUUUACUCACAGCCCAAACUAUCAAAUCAAAUAUAGAUUUAAUUAUUCUUUUAUAACUUUUUUUUUCCUUUCUGGGAUUAAACAGUUUUUAAAAGUUGACUUGUACUGGUUUGAACUUGUCCAGAAGCUGUUGUUGUUAAGGGGGAUGUUCUUCAUCUGUGUUUCUUUAUCAACUAAAUCAAAAGUUCAAAAUACAGAUGAAGUUUUACAUCCAGUUGAUGCCCAUCAGAGUUGGGUUUUUGUUGGCCCUGUCGCCAUCUUAUGUUCGUAAAGUGAAGCUGAAACUACUGUGUGUCAAAAAUGUCCAGAUUACAACUCAGUCAGAACCCGCUGCGCUUUUCGCCCACUCUCUGCCCACGUCAUGUGAUCCCGAUCAGGAGGUCAAAGGGGGGUUUGUGCGGAAAGAUCUCGGUACUGAGGGAGAGCCACUCCCCAAGGCUAGUCUUGUUCCUUCUCAACAAUAGCUGUCCUAACACAAUCAAGCUCCGGGGGUUAUCCUUUUCCAGCAGCGAAUAAAAAUACAUUGAAAGAGGAUGUGUAUAUUUACAGAGACUGACUGUGCAACUUCGUUGACACAUAAAAACUAACACAAACAGAUCGGGUCUGAAGCACAGUGAGAGACUGGGUCAGAGGUGUGCGCUUGACUUCCUUUUCUCAUCUUGAGCAGCUUGCAUAUCGGGGCAGGCGUGCCAUUUGCAUGCAGGGACCGGAGCGCUUAUGAGAAAUGACACGAGGCGGCCAUUAUGCUGCUCGUAACUCGGCUAGCUCAGGAGAGGCAGGGAUAUUCAAAGGAACGCAGGGUGGAGUUUAAGGGGGUGGACGUCUCCCGGCAGUAGUUUGAUCCACCUCAGGGCCUCCUCCCACCACUUCUUUACGAGCUACAGACUCUUGUAACAAAUUUUGCCGAUGGAGCAGAAAGCGAUCUUUGAUAUUUUUUCUUUAAAAAAUAGCCAGCUACAUCUGUCUGGAGGGUGGCUGCCGCUGUAAAACAGUUUGCCUUGAGGGGGGAAAAAAAAAGGCCACAUAACCUGGUUUCAGCCUCUACCAGACUUGUUAAGUAGAAGAAGAAAAGACAGCUGGGGAAACUCUCUUUGUUGAGUUUAACGUAGCCUGGUGGUGGAUGGUAGGCUUUGCUUUUGCUAAUUUCCAAACAGAGGGCUAAUCUCGUGUGUGAUGAUAAGAAAAGCUUCAAGGCAGAGGGUGAAGUCAUGACCGAUGCGAUGGGCUCAAAUGUCCAUUGUAAUAAACUGUAGUGCAUGUGAGGGGCUUCAGCUGUGUGUAUUUUACCUAGAGUGGGAUCAGUGUGUGAAUGUUUUAGUGCAGAUUUGCGUGCAGUGCAGCAGAAGGCCGCUAGCACACCUUAUCCUGCCCCACUUUUCCUCCUCUGUGUCAAAAACGCUCGCCACCUGCACUUCAUCUACACUUCAAAAAGCCUCGCAGGCGAGAGGAGGACUCACCACAUCUAUUAAAUAUUUCUCUCUUUCCCUUUUUUGUCUUCUGAAGAACAGCAGCAGGUUUAACCAGACCCUUGCUCUCUUAUCAACAGUGCACCAAAUUCACUCUGAACAUCUUAAACAAGCCCGGCUCUUCAGCACGGCCAACGCAUUUCAGUGGCAGCAGCAGCACCAAUCACAUGUGACCUUUUGUCGGGAUAUUUACAUAAUCCCCAUGGUUCCACGCUGCAGGCUCCUGGAGACACUGCCAGCUGUGGGGAGCAUUUAUUUAACCUCAGCUCAGGUUGAAACGCGGUGACAGUAACUUUUAUGUUCAGCUGAGUGCAAUAUUACGAUAGCGGAGUGGAGGAAGGUCAAAAACUGACUACGAAGGGGAGCAUUUCAUUGGGGUGGUUUAGCAAAUGUGGAGGUGUCGCUCUGGGUGUUUUGUCCCUGAGAUUACUCUAACACCUGUCCAUUUGGUGGAUGGCAGAGAGCUGUAAAGUGGUCUUUGUGAGUGUGAAGAAACACUUUGGUGUGUUUCAGUAGCAGACAGAUGACGAGAGCGAGGCCACCCGGCAGCUUUGGUCAACAGAGCUGUGGUUUUAAUCCUGUAAAUCAACUAUUCUCAAUGUUACUUUGCCAUUUUUUAUAGUAAGAUGUUAUCAAUUAUCUUUUUUGGUAAAAUUUUCUUGAAUCUUUUUUUCUCCUCUCUGUCAAAAUAUUUUUGAAAUGCUAAAAAGUUUUCUGAAAAAUUGGAUUUAAAUUCAGUUUGUUCUCCAGUAGGACACAGAAAUUGUUCGCUGUGAUUUGACAAGCAACACUGUGAAAGACUAAUUGCAAUGAGCCAGAUGAAAGCACCAGACAAUAUAGAUCUGACCCCCUCCCUCUGUGCCAAGUCAGGCCAUAAACAGCUUCCCUUUCCCCUCUCACACCCUAUGGAAAUCCCAUCUGACCUCUCGACUCUCUCUCACACACACAUACACAUGAAUGGUGACAGUUGCUUAAUCAUAUGGCCAUACACAUGCAUGCACACAUUACCUCCGCCCAAUACACAGGCACACAGGCACCCCACUGCAACAUCGCACCCACCCGCUUCUUAGGGUCAGAGCCGGCGUCCAUAUCCACAUCAACAUCCAGUCGCUCCUCUGCUAAUGAAUCAAUCAGCUGGUUCCAUUCAUUUCAUCGCUGUCAAACCCCAUCGAUCAGCCCCUUUUCUCCACCGUCCCAACAGAGCAGCAGGGGAGCUGAAAGAUCGAGAGGAGAAAGAAGGGGCUUGAAAUAUCCUGGCAGUUCAAAGACUCCUCAUUUCUCAUCCGCUUUGGUCCCCCAGAAAUGUGGUGUUUUGAUAGUGUGUAGCUGUGUGUAUGUGUGUGUGUGUGUGUGAGAGAGUGUGAAAUGAAAGAGAGAGGGGAUUAAAAAAAGAUCAAGAAGGGACGAUGUCUUCUCCUAGAGUUUAUACACGGUAUCUGACCUUUCUUUUACCUUUGCGAGACUGGCGUGUUAGCACUGUGGAAUCCAUCAUCAUGGGAAGGAUGGAGAUUGCAGGUGGCAGAUUUCAGCCAAGUGUAAGCUCAUCUUCUUCCAGGGAUGCCCUUUUUGUGCGCCAUGAGGUAUGAACCACCCCACCCUACUACUUGGCCAUGUGAGCAAUGUGCACGUUUGGUCCAACUCUCGCCAUGCUUCAGUCUCUCUCCUACUGAGUCAAAGUCAGAGAGGUUAUCAGCUAAUAAAGCAUCUCAGAGCUUUGUGAGAGGUAGGCCAUGCAGAGUUGAGAGAGAGAGAGAGGUUAGAAAAUCGGGUUUCCAUUUUAGUUCCAUUCAUUGGCCAGUCAUUUCAUUUCAAAAGGUGUCAAGAGAGUCAACAGGAAGCAGAGGUCAGUCAUGUUGGGGUUGAGGGAAAGAGAAGUAGGUUGUAAGACAGUCAGAGCUCUUUACUUGGACCCUUUCCAUCAACCUAUCGUGUGAACUUUCCUUUUCUCUCUACGCACCUGCCUCCCAGAUACAAAGCUAUGUCUGGGAACUGGUACCUUUCACUAUUUUACAUCUUAGGUCUUUAUAUCUUGCUCACACAUAGUCUCACAUUGCUCCCAGAUGAGCGGUCUUGGCUUUGAUGCAGCCUGGAAGGAAUCUGCCAGCGGUUUUUAAUGAAUAUGACAAGAAAGCCAGUGCCGAUCAAUUGAAACAUCGUGUGACAAUUUCAAGAUGCAAUCUUCGAUAGUGUCAGAGUGGGUGAGUCGAUGGCAGAUGGAAUGAAAUAAUCAGAGUUAGAAGAAAGGAGGGGGAAUGAGUAAACACAUUUCAUUCAAGCUGUAAUUGCAGCCUUACAGAUAGCUGAGUAUUGUUGUCUAAUUACCUGCUCACAGUUAAAUGUUUGAGGAAUCUGAAGCCUUGUUAAUCUUGGUUAUCAACACGAACAAAAGCCUGGUGUCAUUUGACUCAGACGGUCAUUGAUUUAUAUGGCCCUGUGUGUUUUAUUUCCAUUUGUGUGUAAGAAGUCUGAGGUUGUGUAAUUACAGGUUUAGCACAGGUUAAUAAGGUACCACCAUAUUGAAGGUCCCUGUAGGUAUUGUUCCAGCCAGACAGCUUGGCGCUUUCCCCUCAAAGACGAGGAACCAAAUGUUUCAUGGCUUUCCACCAAAAAAGGUGGGUAUAAAGAAAAAUCCUCCCCAGACAAAGCCUUCUUUUAUAUGCUGUUUACCUUCCCUUUCUUCACCUCCCUGUCACUCUCUCUGGCCUUGUUCCUUUCCCAGCCUUGCUCUCAGCGUAUGAUCUCUUCAACCACCCUUUUAAACUGUCAUUCCCGGCCUUUCUACUUUCAUCCCAUCCUUUUUGUCUGCCGUUCUGCCCUCUGCCCCUUUUAAGUUCCCUCUCUGCGACCCCGGCUUAUCACAGUUACAGUAGUUCCUAAUUGCAGUAUUAUUUUCCUUCCCCUGCUAUCUCACGUCCUUGUGAUAUCAAAAUCCCUUUCAGUAAGAGUAAGCAGCUGGGAGACAGAUGCUAUUUACUGCUCGAAGACCCUUUGUUGUUGCCAAUGACUUGAUAAGGUCUUGACUGUCAAGAUGACUUUCCCUAUUGUGUACGGAGAGAGGGAAGUCUGCACUUAAAAGGCAUAGCUAAUCUCCCCUCAUUCCAUUGGCUGAAAUAUUUCCUUACACGACAGUUCUGACAUGCACUUUUCUUUCAAACUCUGCCAUUGUUGCCCCGGGCUUUUUCUACCAAACAAGCUUUUUGACAGCUUGGACAAUAAAAAAGAUUAGCGCUGAAGGAACGCAGACAAAAAAAGAAAGACUAUGGACUGUAACGCAAUAUGUUGCUCGAGGUGGCAGAGGGUGUCUAAGUGGGAGUUGCGUGAGGUGUCUGGGUUUUAAAUACCUCAGCCAAACAGCUUAGAGUGUGAAAACAAUCGGCUGAGACAUGAAAGUGUGAGCAAGAACACACACACGGGGGGUCAGAUAACCCCCGGCCAGAUGGUGAUGGUCAAGUGAGCCGGGGGGGGAAAGGUUGUGCUAGGGGCUGCAAUUUUUAUGCCACUAGUGUCAGAAAAGCGAUACAAAAGCAUUACCCCGUGAGCCACUUCUGGCCCCUGUAAACUCCCAGGGGUGCAGAUAUAAAAGGAUGGCAAUGAUUAGAGAUUCAAUUUGGCUUGCCAUCAAUCAAUGCCACCAAGAUGGACAAGAUUGCCGCCGAUAGCCCAUCCCUGCAACCAGAUUGGGCUCAUGCCUCUUGGGAUUCACGCCCUUUUUUCACGCUUUGUUAAUUAAGCGACCAAGCUGCCCCUACACUUACUUAUUUAUGAAUCUUGGCUUCGACCGGUACUGGAGACCACUUGGUUUCCCCUAAUUAGUCCCUCACUAAUGGCUCAGCUUCCAGACAAUCCAUACAAUCUCAAUCCAGGCCGCCGACCCCCCGUUCUUUCUUUUGCACACAUGGAACCAUAACACCCACCUGACCUUGACGUUACACAACCCACGUCGUCUGGUGUUGUGUUUCUGUGGUACUGGAUAAAGUACCCCACAUGGGAUAAUGAGGCAACACUUAAAAAAAUCAAUUUCCAUCUCCGUCUGUCUAAGUAAUUCCUCACCUGUUCAUUAACCCCCGGAUAGGGCAGCCUGCAUGUAUUGAGCCCUGACAGUCAUUACAUAUGGAAGAGAACCUGAAGGAACAGAUCGAGGAGCUCGCUAGUGAAAUAUUAACACUUUCCCAGAGCAGCGUGGGUGUUGAAGAAUUAACUCUGCUAUGAUUUAUUGAUAUGUGUAUCCUUCUGUUAAUAAAGUCAUUUAUGAGACGGGGAAAAACAACAGAUGUGUACGGGUGACUUCAUGACUUCAUAACACCUUUCUGAAUGAUGUAUGCCACUUAACAUCGCUGCUGCACCCACAGUCUUCCAAUUACAGCAACUACCAAUUGGUCCCUGCGAACACCCUGCCCAAAGGCCUUUUUUUCUCUUCCUUUCAAUGAAGUCACUGCUCAGGGUCAGUAAGCCCAUCCGUUGUGGCCUUGUGUGGUGUGGUUUGAAUCCCAUAAACACUGCACCCGAGUCAGAUUUACUGGCCGGCAGCCCUGGGGAUUCAUUUGUAUUCUACCCACUUUGGCUGGUUCAGGGUCAGGGCCGAUGACUAAUCAGGUCAGUGCUGAUCCACACCCUGUGGUUGGAGCUUUACCAACCCCACCUAGCUCAUUCGGACCACCAAGAGGUCUGGCUGGGGCAUUUCUGCGUGAGCUGAAGGUAGAUGGAAACAAACUUGAUAUUUUUGGAGCUUUCUGUUUCCAGUGUCACUGGUCCUUGUAGGAAAAACAAACCUGCACCUCGUUCUUGUUUAUUCCCUUCAGACUGUAUCGCCACGGGCCACAACACAACUAGACCCAGCUGAACACUUGUGUUAAUGGGUGAGCUUAGGCAUAAACAUUGGGAUCAUUAUUUUUUAACUAGCUAAGUUCGCCAGAGGCUGUGUUAUAAGGAACACAAUGGUGCAGGUGAGAGGGUGGGGAAAGUUCUUGUAGUGUGAGGAAAGUUAACCAUUGUAUCUGUUGGACUUCCCUGAAGGAUCACAAGAUCCCUCUGAUUGUGUUUAAUUGUGCGCGCCCAUACAUGUGCAUUUAUGAUCCAAAGAGUGGACUCCUUUUGUUUCCCCUCAUGUGUUCUCUGCUGAAGUCUAUUCUGCAAGCUGCUGUAGUUAGGAAGGUAAAACAAAGAGCCAAAGUUAAUGCUUAAAACGGGAAAUGUCUAACCUUUGACCCCUUUAUUCCUCUACUUUUAAAUAUUAUUUUUCUCAUUAUCAUUUCCUUCUUAACCUUUCACUUGUUUUCUAGGAUGUCGUGCGUGUUAACACAGCUGCAGGUGUUUGCUGGUGAUCAUGUAGUUAGUAUCCUAAUCACACUUCUGAUGCAAUUCCCAAAUGACCCUCUGUCCCCCUCCCCACGUGCACACACAGCUGUACACAAAUAGACACCGUCCAAAAAUGUAAAUCUGUUUUCAAAACUGGGAGAUGUUUGUGUGUUUGCCAUAGGCAUGCACUGUGUGUCAGCACAUAAAUCAAUUGUUGCCUGGCGGCCUUGUGGCUGGAGCUGCAUUUGGUGUGUGUCUGUGUGCUCAUGUCCAGGUAGUAGUGAUGUGGGGUGGGGGUAAUUGGUGACACGGCUCCCUCCAAAGUGCCAGGUUUAGUUACACAUCAAUGGAGAGUGAAUAAUACAUUAGCUAGGGUCGCCUAUAGUCCUCCUAAGCAAAGACAGAGGGGCAUAGAGGUAGACAGACGACAAAAGAGAAAAAGAAAAAUCUCUAUUCUUAGAUUUUCUUGUGGGAAAAAUACAAGAAAGGACAAAACUUUCACAUGUGGGACCCCAGUUCCCCUCUUAAUAAUAUUUGUAAUCUGCCCCAUUCAACCAAACCAUCAAACCUCACCCCACUUCUCCCUUCUUGUUUAGAUAGUGUCCCACUCCUCCUCCCUAUAGUCCUGAUGUACGACACGCUUCCUUUCCUCAGAUUUAUGCUGCUGUUCAGGUGCUUUAAGGACAACAGGUUACCUUCAGAUGUAAGAGGAGACGAGGCAUAAACACCGGGCCACUCAGGUGGCUCGGGUUUUGCAGGCUCGCUGGAGUCACUGAGAGUCCUUGAGCAUAGAUCGUUGAUGCAAGUGGUUCUGUAAUCAUGGUGCAAUUAUUUAGACAUCCAUCUUACUGUGACGAUGACAGGAUGACUUUCUGUUUGUGUGUGUGUGUGUGUGUGUGUGAUGGGGAUGAGAGAUAGCGCUCUCAUUUUGUCUGUUUAUGCCCGCCUGUCCUGGGUAUGUCAGUGUGUGUGAGUCCUUGCCAGUCGAACUGUUUCAGCAGCACUUAUGUGUGUCCAUGUGUGUGCACUACUAACUGCCUCGUGGUUUACUCCAUCCUUCUCUGGUGUUGCUGUCUGGGGCCUUCAGUGAAGCAUUCCAAUGCACAGAGGUCUUUAUGUAAUUGAAGUGAGCCUGUGAAGCCCCCCUGCCAUAUGGACCAAAGCAGCCUUGGACGUCUGUCUGUCUGUCUGUCCAUCCAUCAAUUUCCUUUAAUUGCCCAGAGCCAGGAUUCUGUGCUGUGGCUAUCUAUCGAGUGGUUUCUCAAUAGGUUAAAUACAUUAAUAUGUAAUAAGGUUUGGGACCACCAUAAAUCCCUGACCAUGAGAAUGACCAGAUAAUGCUGAGCCAAGCUGAGGCCCCAGUGUAUCUGCAACUCUCCCUUUGCUGUCAUCGGCAUUAUCGUUACUUUAUUAGCAGCUUCUUUGGUGGUUUAUGAUCAUGAAAUAUCACUCUCAAAGCAAAGAAGAUUUAAGUUAAAAAAAGGUGGUUCUGCCUCCCCCUUGUUUUGUUUUAUGAGUUCACAAUAAAAAGUACCAAACCGUGACCCACCAACGUUACUCUGGGUACGUCUUGUUGAAAUUGUGGCAGUUGAACACAGUUUUGUAUUGUUUUGCUGCGUAAAUGUCAUAAAUUGAAUUCCCCUCUGUACUGUAAAGUUAUACAACCUGGAUUCUGUGUGGCAUAAAAUGUGGAGUGUGUUUUGGAAGUUAUAGGUUGCCAACCCUCACGGCAGUGAUUUUGUUUAUUACGGUGAUUAUACUAAUGCCUUCCAAGAAAGGAAAAAAAAAGAAGAAAAACUAAACAAAACAAAAAACAUGUCUCUAAUUAAUGAAAGUAAUACCAAAACUACAGAAAAUACCUCUCCCUCUCCUCAGCUUCCUGUUUCCUAUAAUUUGGAUCAUACGGCUGAAGUCACACGAAGGUUUUGUUGCAUCUGUUGUCCUAAUCCUGAACCUGAUGUGUGCAUUUUCUCUUAUCAUGUUUCACUGAUGGCAAUCAAGAAACUAGAGAUUUCUCGACAGUAAUCCUGAGCUUACAGUGUAAUCAGCCACUCCACUGUACGAUAAAGGGUUACAGUGAAAUAUUAAUGUAAAAAAAGAGCAGAUUAAAGCGUGUUUUGAGCUGUUUCUAAAUGCUCCUGAUGCAUCCUGUCUCUCUCUUUCGGCUGGUUCAUUACAGGCACUUUUGGCACUGGCUGCUAAGGAGGCAAAGUCCAUUUGCUCAGAGGAGGUCUAACGUGUCAAGUUAUUACAUCAGCAGAGUGUGAGAUUAAUUAACUCGGCGGCGAUUAAGAAUGCAGGUCCGACGAGAGUCUCUGUGGCGGCGAGAGGGCUUAGACAGACACUAAGAUAGUGUAUAUGAGGGAGAGCUCCCACUCCCAAACAGAUCAACAUGAUUAAUCACACACAGCCAUUUGUAGCAGUGUGGCAGUAAGAAAACAGCCAUAAAUAAUAAUGAGCUCCCCACUGCAUCUUUUACUCUGAAGGCAGGUUUAUCUGCAACCACUUGCUUCAGAAGCCAAAUAAAAGCCCAGUCCACAAAUUAGAUAUAAAAACCUUUUUUUUUUUUAGUAGUAAAUGCUGAUCUGUUUGUCAUCAUCGACUGUUAACUAAAGUUCAGAGAGCAACGGAUGUAAAAAAAGAUCAAAUUUAAAUGAGAUUGCAUGCUGCUAAGUCACGCAAGAGAGCAGCGCUGCUGCGUGUGAGAAACUUUUAACUACUUCCCUCCAAAGUUUAAAGGACUGUUAGUUCGUUAUAGCCUGUAAACACACACACACCAAAGAGAGAUUAAAAAAAGAAAGCGUGGAAUGGGAGCCGUAGUUGUAUGUGUAAAUGAGGGACCCUGUCAGAAAGUCGGGACAAAAAAGGCGCAGACAAGAAAGGGAAGGAAGGAAGGAUUUGUGAGGGAAAGGAAAAAAGGACAAAACCAAGUGACCUGCCCAGUUUAGCAUGCCCAGUGUUUGAUAAACAGCAUCUGUUGUGUGAGUGCAUCCGGGCUAUUGUUCCUGUUUGCGUCUCGUGUUUGCAAUGUUGCAUGCGACAUUAGGGUUUUAAUAGUUUUGCUAAAGUGCCACUCCCUGGAUUCUUUGAGGGUUCAGCGACAGAUUUAUCUUUUGCUUUUUAUGUGAUCUUUGUCUGAACGGAUUUGCGCGGCUCUACGAGAGAGGGUGUGAGCAUGUGUGAGACGUCUCAGUCGCACAGGCCCGCAGAGCCCUGACCUGGCGGGCUGCAUUCCUGACUCUAACUGCCCCAACCUCUCUUUUGUUCUGCGUGUCUUUGACCUGAAUGGCUAAUGACCAGGCAGGCAGGUAAACUGUAACAAGCCCUCUGUCUGCUUAACGAGCUGCUGUGAGAGGCAAAGCCUUCCCGCAGGGUUUGUAUGUCACCUGGAUCUCCUUAUCCUUUCUUUUGAAAAGAGAGGAGGAGGAGGAGAGUGACGUGCGUGUGUAGUGGUGGAGGGUAGAGUAUAAUUACUCAUCUACUAAAAUUCCCAUCUGCCUUUUUUUCACUCUUUCUUUUUUCUCACACUUUUCCCUUUUUUCUCCCUCAUAGGUAAACGAGGGCAUACCUGGGAAAUUAACAUGACUGGCGGUGAUAAUUGACUUGAUAAUUACCCUACAACAUCUUCAUAAAUCAUAAGUGGUUACUCGAUGAGCCAAAAGACAGCUUUUACUACGUCUAGCCGGAUAUCGUGUUAAUAGGGUAGUCCCCAGCUCCUAUUUCAGUUUUGAUUUUUAUUUUGUUUACCCUGUGUGUUUCUAGUUUCCGAGGAGAAACAGCAAAGAAACAAGCAGACCUCAAAGACUUUGCUGCUUACCGCUGCAGUAUUUUCUAAACUGUUUUAAAGUAAUUGGAGGCCACUGGCAUGCGGAAAAUGUGGACCGCAUUGGGGCUUUGCCCCUCACUGCAGUCACACAGACAGCUGUUCCGGGUGGAACAGGAAGUAGCCAUCUUUAAUUAGAUUCAGUCCAAUCAUUACAUGCAGCUCAGGAAGUGCGUUGUAAGGUGAUCUGAUAUGUUGGCAGAUGACUGUAUUAGGAGAGACUGUAUUAAGAGAAACAACGGCAGAGAGAGAGAGAGAGAGAGAGAGAGGGCAUGUGUUUGUGAGAGAGAGACUCAGUGGCUAUUGAAACAGAAUGGCAAAGCUGGGUGCUAAGCCCUUUUCUUGUGGUGCUCAGCCAUUCAAAAAGCCACGGCUUUUAUUCAAUGCCCGGUUCCAGCUCUUUCUAGGCUACACCCCCAGUGAACAAACAGGAUUUGUGUGUGUUUGUGUGUGUGUGUUUGUCGGUUAGUGCAUGAUGCGUGUGUCCGAGUCUUGAUAACAUGUCUCAUUUUCUAUUCGUCUGUGUGUUGUUAGUGUUUGCAUGAUGUAUCAUGUAUUAUUAGCAUGCAUUAGCAUUAUGUAAGUGAGUACAGUACGGGUUUGUGUUCUCAUGUGAUUGACUUGUGUUUGUGGAGUCAGCCAUUGCUGACACACAAAAUCGCCUAAAACCUGCCAUUAGUGCUGUGAGGUAACUGCACACACACACACAAACUGACUGCACAGGCAGCACAAUAGCUCAGCCCCUAUUGAACAAAAGAGUGUGUAUGUGUGUGUGUGUGUGUGUUUGUGCAUGUUUAGGCUUCUAGUGCCUCUGCAACAUUCAGAUAAUCAGCAGCUUGCACCCGUAAGAGCAAAUACUCAUUCAUUCACACAGGUGAGUGAGUGUGUGUGUGUGUGUGUGUGUGUGUGUGUGUGUGUGUGUGUGUGUGUGUGUGUGUGUGUGUGUGUGUGUGUGUGUAGUCGUGUAGUCGCACAAACAUAAUUCCCAGGACCAAUGAGAUGUUUCCAUUGAAAUUCACACACAGCUCCCGGAGGACAAGUUGUUGCUAUCAGGUUUUCAUAUAUUUGGUCUGGGAAUCUGGGCUGCUGUCUACCAUACAGUCUGCUGCCAGAAACAGAGAGGAGAGGAGAGGAAAGGAGAGGAGAGGAGAGACAAGGAGAGGAAAGGAGAGGAGCAGUGAAGUAUAUGAUGCCCUGCUGGGCUGCAGAAAGGCAGCAAGUAAAACCAGUUCCCAUCAGGCUGCACGUUAAACACAGACACUUCAGGCAGACAUACUCACACACACACACACACACACACAGACAUCUACACACACACACACACACACACACACAGACUCUGAAGGCCACUGCAUGUCAGCAUGCCAAAAACACAGUGGCAAUGAAAGAAGCACAGGGGCUGCUGGGAAUACAAGAGAGCGCGUACCAGCUCUCCAUCCUCUCCUCUAGCUCCUUUUCUUUCUCCCCUGUGUUUGUUCCACCCUCCUGCUCCCCCUCUUUGUUACCUUACCGGCUCUUCUUGCCUUUCAUUCUCAUCUUUUUUCUAUACUGUGCACCCCCCUCCUUCACUUAACCAUCGUCUUUACUUCCACACUUCUUUCCUUGACUCUAAGUCUUCCCUUUUUUUGCUUUCUUCUUGUGCAGAAAUCUACGGAGACUUAACAAGCAACGCCGGGAUAAGUGAGUGUGUGCUGAAUGACUUUUUUUUUCCAGUAGCCACACCCAAAGCUUGGGAAUCUCUCCCUCUCACUCCUGUUUCUUUCUUUCCCUCUUUACCCGCCUCUCCCUCGCUUAUCUUGUCACAUAAACCGACAUUGAGCAGCUCUUUCCUUUGUGUUGUGGCUGUAUCACUCUGAGAAUUAAUGUGCUAAAAGGCAAAAAAAAAGAUUUGGCACGUAUUCUGCCAUUUUCAUGCGAUUCAAUCCACCAUGCAUGUCCCAACAUUUUAAUUUUAGCGUGGCAUGGCAUCAAGUCUCUGUAUUAUAUGAUAUAACAUGCUUUCUGUAGCCACAGAUAGUCUCACAGAAAGUCAGAACAAAGAGGAUGUGAAGAAAUGUGACUGCAGUGGGGUCGAUGGAGGUGAACUAUGAGGGCAGAUUGUUGGCUGUCACAACCCCAUUGGCAGUCUUGACGUGCUAAAUGUGACUUGGAAGAGGUUAGUGAGUCCUAACACUCACCUGUCACAAUGUUAGCCUGCCCCGCUAAUACCCCAAAUCCCUCAGAGAGGCAGAGGCGCCAGGUGAAUUUCUGCUCACAGACAGUCUCACAGAGAACCACAAUCAAGGGAUGCUUUUUCCCUUGAGGUUAGAUAGACAUAUAGAUAGACGAGUGGACAUCAUCUGUCAAUCCUGUUUGCCUCUUCAUUUCAUUUAAUUGAUGAUACUAACAUUUAAAUGAGAUUGUUGACUAUGAGUGAAGUUAAUUUCAAGUCUAAUUAAAUCAUGACGUAUCUCUCUCUUAUCUCAUUUGACCUUUAAGGCUCUUCAUAUUCACUCUGCACCUUAUCACACACGGUCCUUAUCAGCGUUUAAAGCUACCAAGUGUUGUUUGUUCAUUAGCCGUACCCACUAGUGAGUCAUCACAGCAGUCUGCGGGUUCGGCCAGACAAAGCAGCAAAUCAAAGAAUAUCGGCACUGAUUUAUCUGGCUGAGUAAAUUACUCCGCCGCCCCCCGUUUUAUUCCUUUUAUUCCUCUCUCUUUGUAGAUGAACAUAUAAUGAGGCCAUUGUUGAACAUCACUAACAAGCCUCAAGUAAAUGCCAAAGUACACAGAACUAGGAGGUGGGUAUAUAAAGAGACAAUCAUCAGUUUUAGAGGAUGAGUUUUUAGUCAUGGUGGCUGCUUUUUUGUGUGCGGUGUAUUUAACAAAGGAGUAUUAUGGGAUUCGAUUCAAUCGCAGUGUUUGCUAUAACAGAAAGUCACAUGUUGAAGACGUACAACAGUGGGCUUUUCUUUCCACUCUCUCUCCUUCAGUGCCCUCAAGCAAGGCUUCAAACCACAAUCAAAGAGGUAUUGCUAGAAUAAAUGACAAAGUUUUUAUAGCGAAUACUAAGAAUAGAUGCGGUUAAAAGCAAGGUAGCAGUGGAUCUGACGGUGGAGGGUGUGUUUCCUGCCUCUUAUUUUUCUACGUGCCGUUGAAAUAUUUUCAUAGAAGUUGAAGAUGUGGAAUUUUCACCUUUGUCUGUUCGUGCGUACGCGGAGUGUGUUUGUUUGCCUUUCAUCUGUGUGGCAGACUGGAAAAUCAAUCAAAGCAUGCUGAGGUUGCAGUUACACUAUAUUGUGCUUUAAAUAUAAAUCCUGCUCCAGGUAUCGCUGUCCCCCCCGGGAAGUGUGAGGUGAAACGCAAUGAAAUCAACAGCUGUAGUGACACGCGGGCACACUCUAUCAUACACAAAUACACACGCGGAUAGACAGCCAAAUUACUCUGUCUCAGUUUCUUUCUCGCUCUGACUAAUGCAAACACUCACACACAUGCACAAAUACCCACAAAACUCGACAAGGAGAUGUGUAUUUUCAUAUGCAGAUCCUUGGGGCAGAAGCAAACCUGCUCCUCGGUUGCUUGUUUGCAUUUUUCAGUCGCAGUUGGCUGAGUCAUUUACCCAGAAAUCAGACGAUGGUAUCUCGGUGUGUCACGCAGAGGCACAUGCUGCACAAGUCACCUCACGCCUGGAUUCAGCACUUUAAAUUAUGACUGGAGUGUUAUGCUUUAAGCAGUGUUGACUGUCAACAGACGACAUUUUAUUUAAUUUAGGGAAAAUAUAUAUAACCGCAGACUGAAUUAUGAAAUGUUGUAAAGCGUAGAGAAAAGGGUGUGGAGAAUUUCCAGGAAGGGUUUUUAAGUGAAAAAUCACUUCAUUUAUGCUAAAAGUUGAGGCAAUAGUUUCCAUGCAAGGUGAUGUAAACAUCCCGUGUCCCUGCAGAAAUCUGGUUGUGUGCCCGUUUCCUGGCGGUGGUUAAACACAGGAACCCAUGAUGCCCUUAACAUAAUCAGUCACAAAUGAGGAACAUGCCUCGCCAUCCUGGAUUAUAAGUGUUUAAUAUGGCAGCAAACCUUAUAAAACCCUUUACGAUAAUAAAAGUUUAGAUUAUUACGUUUAUUCGUUUUGGGUUUUUUUUAAACCCUUUCCAAAACGCAAAUGAGGAAAGUUUUAGGUUAUAGUGAUAAAACUCUCAUUUGUCGUAAAUGAAGGUAGAAUAUUUCCAUAGCCAAUGAUGUCAGGAUCAAAUGUUGCCCCAUGCUUGGUUUUCCAGUAAGAGGUGAGUUAAAGCACCGGCAGCUCUAAUUAGAUUCCCCAUGACAAGGCCAAACAUCUCACUGUCGUAAAUCAGCGGGGUCUGGGAUGUCUCCUUCAGAGGAUUAUUUUGGUGGGGCACGAAACCCAGUAAACUUCAUGUCACGCAGGGAGGCAGGACUGUAAUAAAAUGAAACAACGAGGUGGUUAGGACUUCUCAGAUGAGAGCCCGAGCUCUGUUAUUAGGCCGCAGCAGUCAGCACCAGCAGUUUUUUUUUUUUACAUAAGCAGCACAUGCACAUGAAGAUAGCUGCUGCUUAGGGAGAGGCAUAAAGAUAAAUGUGGAAUGUUCUGGGCGGUGAACAAAAGCUUUCAAAUUCUCUUAGGAGAGCGAAAUGUUAAGUGCAGCCCUCGCAGUAUGGGAAGUGAAGCGGUAACUAAAAGGUUGGAGGUUCAAAGCUGUAGAUCAAGUACUCAGCGGAAAACUCCCCGUCAGUCAGCUGUAAGUUAAAUGGCGUGUCCAGGGCGAUCUGCUGUGCUGUUAGUACAUCAGCAUUUGCAUCUGAAGAUGAACAAUGACAGAAAUUUGCUGAUAGGCUUCAGGUACAGUCACAACAAAAAAAGACGACAAUGCUGAUAAAAUGCCGACGCUUAACUAUCCAGGAUUCUCUCUAAACCUUUGCAGAAUCCGAAUUUUAAAGGUAAUUGAAAGUGCUGGUGCCACAGUGUAAGUAGCCAAUAAAACAAGCGCUAAUGGCUCGCCCUCCAGCUGUGAAUGUGUGUGUUUGUGUGUGCACAUGUUAUGUUGUCAUUACUGUUGAUGAAGGGCCUGCGACUUAUUCAAUAGCAACCGAAACACAGAGCCUUUCAUUGAACCCGGGGGACAAUACAAGCAGCUGUGAAUGCACGGUCCCAGGCAGGGUUAGAGGUUGGCUGGUUAACUAGGAAGCUGGGAGAGAAAAGGGAGAGAAUUCGCUCUUUCACAUGCACAUAUGACACACACAUGCUCAGAAUGAGAAGGCAGAGAGACGAUAGGGGGGCGCGUUGACAGUCUUCUUGCUUUAAAAUCAAACGAAACUAUCUGGUCGCUCAGUCUGGGAAAACAUUGAAAUGAGCUAAAAUUCCAAAAUGGCCGACUUGAGAGCAACUUAUCCCAAGAGGCACAUGACUAAGCCAUGGUGACAACACCUCAAAGCAGGAGCUCCAUUUUCAACAACUUGUAUUUACACAUGCACUGUUAGCUUAAACAGGCUCAUGCAUGCUUAACAGACCGAUACAUUUGACAUACAUACAUAUGUACACCCUCGGUGAAAUGCACUAAUGCUGACGCACAUAUUUACACACACGUUUAGAGGCACACCUGGUUUUUGUAGACAGCUGCCCUAAGGGCUACCUGUUCGUCAGAUCCUCUGUGCUUUGUAAUUAGGAGAGGUAGUGAGAGAAGGGGACAGGGAGGGGUAGAGAGAGAAGCAGACAGAACAAGAGGCAGGGGGUGGGGUAAAGACAAAAAAGCCUGUUCCAUCAACUGCACAGGAACUAGACGAGACUUCAUGAGCGCUUCCAAAAGGGCGAUACUCCACGUGGCUGCAGUGGGCACACACCCAGGCUAACACACUUGCACAUAUAUGUAAUUUAAGAGAGCAGCUGCUUUCACAUUGUCCUCUUUUUUUGUCAUCAAAGCUCUUAAUGUUUUCAUUCGAACUGCUUUCAACUCCUUUAAAGCCUUUGACCGAGAACAAAAAACUUUCUUGUGUUUGUUUUUGUUUAUUUAUCACAAGUCAGCGCCGUCGGGUUCGAGCUGCUUGUCUCCAAUUGCCUCCUCGGAUGCGAAAAGUUUGCGAGCAGACGGACAAUAAAAAAGACACGCUGCUAGAUCCCAAAUAGUAUUCAGCCCUUAGGUGUCUUUUGACGAGGAGAAAAUAAUUGAGGGCAGGAGGGCAGUGACAAACGCAGAGAGCAAAGACUAGCAUUCAUUAGACUUCCCUAUUGGGAGAGAUGAUGAGUAAGAGUAAAGGAGGGGGAGUCUUGAGGGGAAAAAAGGCAUGGGUCAAGAAGAGGGAGGCAGAAAGGUAGAAAGAGAGCUUAUUUCUUAAGCAUCCACGAUACAGCCCUGCUAGCACACACACAAAACACAGGACAAACCUCUUGUGUGACAGCCAUUGUAGGAUGACUGACAGUGAGUGGUAGCGGGUGAAGUAUGCGUGUGUAUGUGUGUGUGCUGAAGGGGAGGGGGUCUGUCAUGGGAGGCCAGUCCGUUUAGGAAUUCCAGAGAGGAAUCACCUCCUUGGCCUGUCCAUGUCGCAGCAACCAAUUACCGUGACUGCGAGAGUGUGUGUGUGUGUGUGUGUGUGUGUGUGUAUGUGAGGAUGUGUGUGUGUGUGUGGGUGCUGAAGGGGAGGUCUCGCCAUAAAAUGGAGGGGACUUCUCCUAAUCAUGGCACCGUGGCCCCGCACAAAGGCAAAAAGGCUGCUCGGACGAUUUGAAUUUGAAUAGCAUCUCUCCUCCUUCACCUCUUUUUUCUCCUGCCUCUCUCGUCUUCCUCUUUCUCUUCCUCCGCUUCACGCUAGAUGACAAAAGCGGAGCCAACAAAGCUAGCGCACAAAGCAAUCAGGCUAAUAGCGCUAAUAAGUUGAGCGUGGGGUCCUCGCUCUCAGUGUUGACACAUUUCACUGUUUUCUGUGGCUAAACAGAGGCUCAAGUGUUUGGCAACCAGGCGGCAUAGUAUUUUAAUGGAGUGGCUACCCCAUGCCAGGUUGCCAUGUGCUCAGUCUGUUUGACUGUAGAAGAAAACAACAAAAGCAGCUCUGAAAAAAAAGAGGUGGGGAGAAGAUAAUUAACUAGCAGAGAAGCCAGAAGGGAAGGAUUUUGGUGAAGGAGUCACAAGGGAAGUUUAGUUUUUUCACGAUUUUUCUUGUUGAAAAAUUAUACAGCAGCUAAUGCUAGCAUGGAGAGACGCCAUUUUGUUUUGAAAUUAAGCUAGGUAAAAAUGUCCCUCUCUUUAACAAUCAUGUCUUCAAGGUUGUCCAGACAUAUCUUUUCGCUCCCCAAGGCUUGGGUUCAGAAAUCUUUCAGUUGUCAUCUGACGGGGUCACGCUAACAAAGACGGGCAUGCUAAAAAGCUCAAAGCAGUCGCGGUGAGAUCCAAGCUAAAUCCCUCACCUGUCUGCUCCUCGCAACCCAAGGACUUAGCCCUGUGAAACAACUACACAUUCCUCUCCCUCAAUAAUAGCCUUUCUUCCCCUUUCCUCUUUCUGUCCUCUUUUUUUUUCUUUUCUUUUAAGAAGUCUGCUUGUUUGAACAAAGAAAUAUUUUAAGAGGCUUGUAACUCUGCUGUGUGUGUGUGCAUGUGAGUGUGUGUGUGUGUGUUACAUGCGGCCAUAGGGACGAAUGCUUCAGUGCCCUCCCCUGUUAUUAGGCCUGCUCUGUCAUUACAGGAUUAGAGCGUAGAGGUUGGCUUUUCGUGUAUGAGUGUAUUCAUGUGUGUAUGUGUGCGUACACAUGUAUUUGCCUGCGUAUGAUCUCCCUGAGCUUGUUUGUAUUCCCGUAAUUUUUAUCACACAAUCAGACUUGGCGGAGAAACCAAAUGUCACUGACAUUUCCCACCCGGCAUUUUGUGAUGCUGAUCCCAGGUGCAUUUGACCUGUAUCAUAAAUAACACUACACUAGCAGCUUACUCGAACAGUGACUCUCUAAUUGAACAGUCUUCGUGAGCUGUAGGAGGUUGAAAAACAUUCCUCUUUACGCCGCUCAUCACAUCCAUCACAGCACAGCAUGAAAACAAGAGUUCAGAUAGUAUAGACAUCAGCAAGAAAAAACAAGGAAGAGAAAGAGCAAAGAGGGAUGAAAACAGGUCAAACCUUUCACUUCACUGUAAAGAAAAGAGAGAAAACAAGUGCAGGGUUAUAUCAAAAAAAUUGGAGUAAUAAGUCUUAUCAUUUGUGUCCUCAUGUAGUGCAAAAGUCCAAUUCCUGCAAACUUCCCUCUGCGUGUGUGUGUUUUAAGGUUUACGAUUUGCAUGCUCAUUUGCCUGAUUUACUUUGUUCUUUUUUUCCUCAUCCAAUCUUUCCCACUGUCAUUUUACACUUCCAGCAUUUGAAUGAAAGUAAACGUAAAAAGCUGAAAGGCAAACAAGACCAGCUACCGCGCACAGGGGAGGGUCUUGUAGUCACACAGUUGUUGUUUCUCCCUCAACUCGUCCGUCUGGUUUCCCUUCAGCCUAUUUUUAUUUCUCUCUCUCUUUCACAACCUGGCCCAUUAGGCAAGCCGCCAGCACGGUCUUACCCGCUUUAGGUGUUUGUUGCUUUUAAAAAUACCUUUCUCCCUUUAAUCUGUCUUACUUUGCCUCUGUCAUCUUGCAUCGCGUACAGAGCGUGAGUUUGGCGUUCGAAAAAUGGCUGCUUUGUGCGUGGGUACAUAGCUCUUUAUUAUCCGGUUUGUUUUGUUUUCCUCUAUGUGUGUAGGUGUAUGUGUUUACUGUUUGUGACUUUGCAGGUGUCUGAAUUUGCUUGUAAGUCAUUUAUAUUGCCAACGGUCUCUAUUACCUGAUGUGUUAUUCAAAAAUGACGCUCACAGACAGAGAGGGAGCGCCUGGGUGAGGUCAGGGUCAGUCAGUGCUUUUGCUUUGGCCCAUUGACUCAGGAUUGGUGCUCCACUUUGGGCACAAUACAGGGCUUUGCACAAUACAUACACACACUCAUGUAGAGGUGAAACAAUACAGAUGCAACCAGAAGGGAAGGGUUACUGCUAAACAUUGGCUCCCAAAUGACCCACUGUUCAAACCCCUGAGUCAGACCAUCACGCUGUAUGUGUUGUUGCAUAUCUGUCUUUCUGCUCCCCAGCUCUCGUUCUUUCUCUCUCAUCUCUGUCACCCCCCUCCCCUCUUCCUCUGUCUUUGACUCCCCCCCUCCGCCUCCCCUCGGUCUGUCAUUGUGUUUCACCGUGUUGUCAUUUUCAGCAAGGUCAGCUCUAAUGACAAGCCGACAAAACCAGCCGAACACACAGCCCAGUCAUAACAAUAAACAGCAGGCAGUGGAGGUGUAUCAUUUUCACACCAGACCGGCUUACCUGCCUGCGUAGCUGUAGGUAACAGGUCCCAAAUCACACACUGUCACCGUAUGAGUCAGGGGAAGUCCCGCAGCUAAUAUACACUGACACAGUUUCAGAGAUGAAAUCACAAAGUAGGCCUUUAUUUGUUCAUGUGACAGAUACGGCUUAUUGCAAAAGGAGUAUUUGGCAAAAGGAGACCAUGUUCCUGAUGUCUUUACAAGCCUGUCCUCUGUCAGCACACAGAAAAAUAUUGGACAAUGACAGGAGAAAAAGGGUAAAAAAGAAGUGUUUGUGACAAAGGUUGUGAGGUGGAUUUGACCCCCAGCUGCUCGGAGUACACAAUAUUCACUUUAUUUUGCAGAGCCACUCCCAGAGAGACAGGUCUCACUGCAUGAACUGACUCACACUGAAGCUUCCAGACCAUUCCGCCUCAGGGCAACAAGCCAAAGCUACAUUUGAAAUCUGAUUGUAUGUGAUCUUUUCUUUUUUUUUUCACUCAAAAGAUGUCUCCCAUUGGCUGGAACUCCCUUGAAAGUCAUGUUUUCUCAACAGUGCAGGAGGCACGCAGAGACAGUGUCACUCAAAGCACAAGGGGGUUGGUAUUCAGUGGGAAUUUCCAGCCAUAGCAGAAGCACGCCGCCUCUACGGAGAUAGACAUAACUCACAAGGGGUCUUUGGGUUUUUUUGCCGCCGCUGAUACUCCUGACUGCAGCAGCCGGUAUUUGUGAGAGGGAUAGUAAAAAUCCUCAGGUUUACUCUUUUAUUUUGCUCUCCAGUCCUGUUUCCUGUCAGCUUACCCAGAUUUUUUUGGGAGAUGAAAGAGAAAGACAGAGGCAGGGGAAACCUCAGAGAUGGUGGCGAAGUAGCACAGUGAGCUGAGAGACUAAAUCGGUUCAUCCCCGGCAACUGUAGCGGGAAAAAUGGAACAUCUCGCACUCCUUCCACGACUAGGGACAGUGCAGCAGGCUCACUCCCUGGCAGUGCCCGUUUCAUCAUCUUUUACUAUCUUGUAGAACAGCACAGCGGUUGAGAUAAUAACGGUGGCUGCGUACUAUGCCUUGAGCGCCAGGUAGUAAAAGACUCAACAUUUAUAGUCUUCCUACCCUGCUCUCUCACAAAGAACGCCGCCUUUGCCAGUAGAAACAAGAGAGUGGAAAGUGAGGAGGAGUAAAGGGAUUUGCAGGAGAGAUCUUUGUCCACCAUUUUGUCGGUGCUUUUUUCUCCGUGUGUGCAAAGACAUAAAGAGAGAGGAAAGAUAAAUUUGAAGUGUGUAUGUGCUCAGGUAUUGACACAAAGUGAAACCAAUUGAAUUGUAUUGACCUCUGUUCCGCUCAAGAGUGCCUCCUUUGUGACACUAACUUUAUAACCCCCCCUCUCCAUUCAGGCCUUCUGUUGGGUUGUAUAUCUCCUUGAGUUUUACAACCUGUUACUUGCAGCAUGUGUGUGUGCGUGCUAUCAAUUGAGUGUGUGUCCUGCAGCGCCCUGCUGGAAGCGGAACCGUUCCCCAGCGAGACCAAGACUGUUGUUUCCUUUCCCCCCUGCAUAAAAGCAAACGUCUAAUUGAGACUAAUUAGCCAAACAAGAAGCUGCUAUAAAAUGUCACACGAUUCCUCACGGAUCACCCACCUAGAGCUCGGUCUCUCUCUCUCUCUCCCACUCUCUUCCUCCUUUGACACGCAGACACACAGUUCUUUGUCUAAUUGUAUCUUACAUUGCCUCUCAGCCCGCGCUUUUCUGUCACUGACUCAUUCAGCGUGUUAUCUGAUAACAACUUUGGUGAAAUCUACUUCGGCUUGUCGGCCAAACAACUUUUAUGACACUGUUGUAAAACUAUUGAGAGCUCUAUUGAUCUCCUCUACCGGCCUGUUUGCUUUUUCUGACCUGCUUGUUUUCUCUCUGCUUCCGUUUACAGAGACGCUGAUGGACACGAAGUGGGCCACGACAGAAUUAGCCUGGACUGCACACCCUGAGACUGGGGUAAGUGUAUGCCUGCUUUUGUGUGAUAUCGUGGGGUAAGCCUGAUUGAAAAACAAGCAAUCCGAACAUAAAUACAUCAGAUUUUUUGCACGCAAGUUAUCCACAUGUAGGGCUGGGCGAUAAAACAAUAACGAUAUAACUUGAAAAUUAAUUUCCCUCAAUAUCAAUAUAAACCAUGGUCAAUGUGCUUUUUGAUAGUCAGCAUUCUGACAUGUUUUGGAAGACUGUACGAAUAGCCAAUGAAAAGGGGAGUUGCUCUGGGUCCACUGAAUCAAUCGUGCUAAAUGAUAGCACUAUAACACGUGAAGCCGACAGCACUGUCAGUAUGAAAAAAAAGAAAAUGAGUGCUAUCCCCGGCAGAAAUGCAGAUGAAGGCUCGACAGAUGACGACAUUGUCGACAACACUGGCAUGAAAACGUUGGUGGUAUGGAGGUAUUUUGAGGUCGGACAUGAAGCAGAGUAAUGUGCACUGCAAAGUAUGUCGAGUUCAUGUUCUCACAAAGUCGGGGAAUACCUCCAAUCUUUUUCACCACCUGAAGCAGCGCCAUGUGGCAGAGCAUGCGCAAUGCAAAAAGUUUCAAACCCCGAGCAGAGCAAGGAGCCCAUGAUGCCUAUGCAGCCGAAACAACCGAAACAUUCAGUUCACUUUCUCUAACGCAACGCCUUACGACAAAACAUCGAAGAGACACAAAGACCUCACAGAUGCAGUAACUUAUUGUAUUGCAAAAGACAUGCUACCAAUAAGCUAUAAGUUCAGUUUCUUUUUUUUAUAUCGUGAUAUGUAUCGAUGUCGACUGGUAUGAAAAAAAUACAUUCAUCCACAUGUACUUAUGUCUAAAUAGCUUUUUUGACUCUGUACUUUUCUAAGAGGGUAUUCAUUGCAGGGCGGUGUCUUUUUUUAAAAUUGAACAGUCCCUUACACCAUCACCAGCAAGUCACUCGACAGGAUACGUUUUAAGAUUCAACAGGAUGCGCUUUUUAGUAGCAGAAAAAGAUACACUGCAAUCCAAUUUCACCGACCCGCCCAGUCACAGAUGUUCCCCUCCUUUUGCCUGAGUGCACUAAAAACAUGUGAACGCCAUCAGUUUCCUCAUGAACUAAUCCUUUUAAACUCUAAGAUAUUUCUCAGUGUUGACCUAUUGCACGUCCAGGCAUCCAAAUCUACCGCACACAAAGUGCCAGUGACAGCCUCAUCUUGCUUUCCCAUGUGGUCCCACAAAGGCCUAAAGAGGAGUAAAAAGAGUCUUGACCCCUCCUCAAAUAGACUUCAAAGACCCCCAGCUCUCCUCCCCUUGCUUUUGUGUGGCCCUCUGACUUGGCCCUUCUGUUUUGGAAGGUUGGCCCCCAUUUUUUAUAUUUUGUUUUUUCCCCAAACGCCCUGACCGGGAGAUUCCACCCCAGCUGUUCGUAAGUCGCCCUCCCUGUCUAUUCCCCUCUUCUUUUAUUUCCAAGCAACUAAGCACUAAUGAAGCCAGACACACAAGACACCUCAGCUGCAACGCACAGUAGUUCAAACCCCCUCACAGCCUUCUGUGCCCUUUUUCCCCCUUGUGCGAUUCCCUCCUCCCGUCAGUCUAUCUUCUCUUCCCUCCAUAUGCCCCCCCUCUCCUCCUCAUUAAGCUACAAUGCAGAAAUGCUCCCACCGGUCGCAUGCAGAGUGGCAUAGGAGCUGAAAAACACCUCCCAGUUUCUAUUCCAAACAAACUCGCAACAGAUGCUCCUUUUCAGACACAUACAUACAGUCGAGAGGCUUUUGCACUCCAGAUUUCCCACAUUACCACCCAAAAGACUGGAGAGGAGUUUCUCCUCUGCCUUUUUUGUUUCUUGUUUUGCUGCAAAAUUUGCCACAGAUGGUGGAUGUCCCUGAGUUAUCUAUCCCGCAUUUAUGUUUUCCCUCUUUUUAUUUCGCUCUUGUUUGUGUUUGUGUGCACAUCGCAUUGUGUGCAUGUUUAUUUCUAUGCUUUUGAGGUCCUAAAACAAAACUUUGCAGCCUUUUUUUGCACGGGGUGAUGAGUGCUUUAGAGGAACCGAGACCGUGUCCGAAUAAAGCAACGAAACAACAAAGUGAGAGAGCUGGAAAAGGGAAGCGAGAGCAGUGAGACGGAGAUUAAAUAAAAUCCAGAGAAAUGUCCAUACAGAGCGAGGCAGCCUAUAAGAGUAAACAAAAUCAAUUUCUAAGAAAAAAACUCUUAGAAAUAGACCCACUCACAGACUACAGACACUCUCUCAGGGAUGCUGUCCAGCCAAGUGUGAGUCACAGCGUCUCUAUCCCUGUUUCAGAGUGUUGCACAACACAGAUAAAACAACAGAUAAAAAGCUGCACAGUAGAAACAUAAGCUGUGUCUAUUUUUUGACUGUGAAUCCACAGACAACCUGCAUGGAGGUGCCACUAUUAAGUGCAAACACUCCUGGUGUAAGAGCAGAGAGGGGAAGCAAUUUGUGGCUGUCUAUUUAUAGGAUUAUGUUUAAUUACAGUUCAAUAGAAGAUUUGUGAUCGGAGCGAUACCAUGAUUGAGGUGAUCGUGUGCGUACAUGUAUACUGUCAUAUUCUUCCACCUCUGUGUCUGCACUUUGGUAUGUGGAUUUGUUAGUUUCUCUGUCUAUAGCCUGUAGCAUCAGCGCAGAGUUCAACUCUAUGUUUAGCUGCAUGUGUGCUUGUCAACACCUAUUUCCAGCCGCACUUCUGUUUUUGCCCAUGUUACCAUUUUUCACCGUGUUACCCUCUUUUGUCCUCACACUGUAUUAUUGCUCCUCUGAAACAGAUGGAUCAUAGAGGGGGAUUUCCACUUUAUAGCAUGUUUCAGACUUGGGACAGCACCCACUCCGAUAACAAUGCACCCACUUAGUUAGCUUGUAGAGAUGGUAAUCAUUGUUGGUGCAUCGCUGGCUUCUUCACAGAUCCCCAAGCGUGCCAAAACAUGUUAUGAACAAGCUGAGUUGUCUCUAAAAGAAGCCUCUCAGGGCUUUCUCAUACCAGGGAAAAGCAGAAAAAUAAAAGCAAUGUGUGUUUGCAGUGGCUCCGGACUUUUUGGAGCCUUAGCAUUUCAACUAAAGCCUCCGGCUAAUGAGCUUCACUUAGUUAAACAAACUCGCUUCACUUUGUCGACUUCAAGGCUGCUUACAGUCAAUGUUCACCUUGAAUGAAAGACUGAAGAAAAAAGAAAACGAAAAAGCAUAAAAAAAACCUCAUUGUGUUUCUGUAUUCAAUAUUCAAAUCAGUAGUUUUCACCACAGACUCAUAACUCAGACGAAACAUUCCGAAACUGAUUUUGUGGAUCUUUAAGGAGAGAGUUUCCGCGUCAAAGUCAUUGUUCGCCGUCAUCUGAAAGUAAAAUUUAAAGCCUUGAUUGUUGAGGACAAGGAGAAAACAGAGUGGAUCACAAAUCUUUCAUAACAAUUUAUCUUGCCGGGCAAUCGAUGCCAAGAAACUUGACCCUUUCUCACAUGACCGAUUUAAUUCAUUCUGGCUUGGUAAGCAGGCGCUCAGAAUGUUUAGCCACUGGUGCGUAUCUCAGGGGGUAUGACCUCUCUCUAAGACACACACACACACAUAAAGAUUCACUCACAUGUACAUACACUCAGAGCGAAAAGACACCCAUGCGGACAGACUCACGCAAGCAAACACACAACUUAAUGCACGCUCACAAACACUUGGCCGCGUUGCUCUUUUGCAGCGGUGAUUUAUUACAGCAAACUAAAUACCCAUUGACACUUCAUGCUUUUAGCCAUCCCAUUGACCUGGCUGGCGAUUAUCGAUUCCCUCUGGUCGCUUCCUCCUUUGCUCUUUCAUCGGGCCAUCGUUUUAAUGCCACUGCAUUAGAAGUGCGCCCGCACUCGCUCUCUCUUCCACACGGCCUCCAGGGUCCUGGAUGAAUAGCCUUGUCUCCAUCGCAUCCAUAUUGCAGCCUUAAUUAAGAUGCUCAGGGCUCAGAUGGAAACAACUGGCUCCGGAGAACAAAUAGUGUGUUAAUGCCAGAGUUUCAAGACCGUCAAAUGAUCCAUGGUAGACUUUGGUCCGGGCAUUUGAAAUUCUUUUUACUUGAUUAAUCUUUCUUAGUGUUUAUUUUUCAAUGUUAAAGUGGGGCUGUGAUGUUUAACACCGUCCUGUACUCUGAAGGUCAAUGGAAAAUAUUAAAUCUUAGUGGGUUGGAGCGUUCGUGACACACCCAAACUUUCAUUCCUUGGACUGUUUUGAUUUUAUUCUCUUUAAUUUUAAUAUCCAUUGUCUUUUAAACUCUUUAAUGCACUGUCAUGCCGUAUGCAAAGCACUUUGAAGUGGCUUUAUAUUUGAAUAGAGCUACGCAAAUAAAGUUGCAAGGCCUUGGCUCAGUUAAAAACUAAACGCACUCCAUUUCUGUGAUAGGAAAGGGGAGCAGAUCCCUCAGCACACAUGCACACUCACAAAGAUAUGUUAUACACACAGGAAUCGCUAUUUGAAGUGAAAUGAUUUAAUCGUGGUGUCCUCAUUCGAGAUUGAAAAAUGCAUUAGAUUACAGUGUCUCAAAGAAAGCUUUUAGAGUCUAGUUUGCUUGUACUGGUUUAAUGAAGCUGGUAAUCAAAGUUUAGAAAAAUUAAUCCCAUUUUAUCCCAAGUAAUUCACCCCCUGGGCACGGUGGUAGCAUUGCAAGAUGUAGAGGAGAGUAAGAACAGAGAAGCAUGAAGGUUAACCGGCGUCUUUAUUAGAGGACGUUGCGAUCAUUGCUCUGUAAUUGAAGCGUAAUUGGUUGUGAAGCAAUGUGCCUGCUACUCCCAAACAGCUAUGAGGUAAACAUGCUGUGGUGGCUCUGUGGUGAGGAGGUGACAGGUUGCUUUAAUUGUGAUGAAUUUGCAGUUCCUGUCCCCGGCUUUUCGCUACAAUAACCAGAGAUGAAAGACGCAGCAAGGGACUAAACUGAAAGGUCCAAAAGCAGAACAAAAGGAGUAAAAAAGAAAAAUGUCGUCCCUCCAGUUUCCUCGUUCUUUGUUGACCAAAAAAAGAUGAAUGAAUAAUACUUUUUAAGUUUUGAUGCAAGUUUCGAGAUGGAUUGAUGUUUUAAAAAACAACUUCAUUAAAUCAACAAACACACACAGCCUCUAAUCUGUUUGUGUCUCUUAUUUUCUUCCAGUGGGAGGAGGUGAGCGGCUACGACGAUGCCAUGAACCCCAUCAGGACUUACCAAGUCUGCAAUGUACGUGAGCUGAACCAGAAUAACUGGCUACGCAGUGACUUCAUCCCCAGGAAGGAUGUGCUACGUGUAUAUGUGGAGAUGAAGUUCACUGUACGCGAUUGCAACAGCAUUCCAAACAUCCCAGGUUCCUGCAAAGAGACCUUCAAUCUGUUCUACUACGAGUCGGACUCAGACUCGGCCACAGCCACCAGUCCCUUCUGGAUGGAGAACCCUUACGUGAAAGUGGACACUAUUGCCCCCGAUGAGAGCUUUUCCAUGCUCGAAACCGGACGGGUAAACACUAAAGUCAGAAGUUUCGGGCCGCUGUCCAAAGCCGGGUUCUACUUGGCCUUCCAGGACCUUGGCGCUUGCAUGUCCCUCAUCUCAGUGAGGGUCUUUUAUAAGAAGUGCUCCACCACCAUCGCCAAUUUUGCUGUUUUCCCAGAGACAGCAACAGGGGCCGAAGCGACAUCCUUGGUCAUUGCGCCAGGAACUUGUGUCCCCAAUGCUCUGGAGGUGUCCGUGCCUCUGAAGCUGUAUUGCAACGGAGACGGCGAGUGGAUGGUCCCUGUCGGAGCCUGCACAUGCUCUGCUGGUUUCGAACCUGCCAUGAAGGAUACCCAAUGUCAAGGUGAGUGUUUUCACAACAGAUAAGUUCAGUCACGCCAGGACGGACAUGGUGUACACAUCCCAUGAAGCGCAGAGUUUAUAAGCACCAACAGACUCGGAGAAAUCCACAGAACACUGCAGUACUGCUGUUUCGCAGUUUAUUGCAGAGUCUUACCUUUCUAUAAAAUGAAGACGGGAUCAGAUUUCCCUUUGGCGCUCAAUAAUUUAUUACAUUAUUUCUGCUGAGAAGUUACAUUUGCAUUGAAGGUGCAUAAUAUCACAUUGUUCGGAGCGGAUGAAUUACCAUGUGUGAGCAGUAAGGCGUCUUGUUGAAAGGCACUUCAUCUCCAGGCAUGACUGUUGUGGACACACUGAUUGUUGGUGAAAUUGAAUCCGUAUUGUUUUGGCUGCGGGGUUACAGCCUCUAUCACUCCACUGUCCAGCUGCCACAUUAUUAUGAGCUAUUUAUAUUCCUUGUAUCCUUUGACAAAGUAAUACGACUACUACAAGGUAGAAUAAUACACACUAGAUGACACUGUCAGCAGGUGACUGCUCACCCCUCUAACCUCAGUUUUGCCUGGCAGCUGGUUGCUAAAUAAAUGGAAAUGCAGGGGAGGCUGUUUGCCUCUGUGAGCACAGAGGCUCCAUGAUGGUUUCAGGUCUGAUGGAAAACAUGACGGGUUCGCAGAGGUUGAGAGCAAGGUGAAUUUAAACAGCAAGGUCUCAGCUGAAAUGGAGUGCAGGUGACAGCAGGAGGAUAGGGGAGGAUAAAUGGAAAAUGCGCGUGUGUUGAGGGGUACGGGGGCGUAAAAUUAGGCUUGGUGAGCGUAGGUCAAAAGGAGACGGCGGAGUGAGAGAGAAUGACAGAGGUUCUGGUUGGGAUGUUGAUCAGCAGGGUUCAGUCCGAGGUGUUUGAGCAUGAACAGCUUAUGGAUGUGUUGGCGUCAUCCUUUGCUGACCGGGUUCAGGGGGCUCAUUCCUCAUAACACCCUAAGAAAAGACGUCUGAAGGCAUUUUGUUUCGUAACUAUUCAGAAUAUCAGACAGAAACGGCAGAGAAACAGUUUUGGGCAGGUGAUGAAUAUUGAUGUGUGUUCAGUUUGGGGCUGCAGAGUGUGUAGGUUUGAGAGUAAAUCUAAAGCCAGGCGUGUAUGGUUAAAAACUCAUUUGUUUGUUCUUGGCAGCUCAAGGUUAAAGCCCUGGCGACUGGGCCCUGAUAAAAUGCUCUCUAAUCAAGCUGCACUGAAGACCACGAGGGAUAAAUCUCCCUCUCCUCACCUCUCCUCCCAUCCUCUCUCCUCAGGUCCACCCUCCUUUCUGACUAGUUUUACUCCUAAGUUUACACUCUUUCCGUUUCUGCUUCCCUCUCUUUGGUCAAAACUGUACUAUGCCCCACUAACGUCGCUCACCCUCCCUUUCCUUCCCAAUCUGGAGGCUGCUAUUCUUAUUAAUACACCACUGGAGUUACUGUAAAAAUGUCUGCAUUAAUUUUAAUUGAUGAGCCUUUUUUUUUUUUUGCCUUUUCCACUCCUCUGCUGCACAUUUUUUCACCCCCAAUAGUUUUUCUCUUUUUUCCUCUUCAUGCUCCACACUUUCCAAUUUCAGCAUACAUUCUAAUCAGUUCCUUAAGCUCUAUGUUCUGCAUGAGAGGAUAAGACACAGGGGAGUGGGGAAUAAGGGGGAAAAAACGCCUGCAGGAUUAGCAUUUUCAAUGCCUCCACCUCUUCCACCUCUCCCUCCCUCUUCCUUCAGCCCCUUGUCUCUCUUUCUUCCUCAUUCUUUGCUGGUUCCUCUGAGGGGAAAAUGGAUGAAAGAGAGAGGAUGACCCCUUUACUCGCUGGAAGUGAUUGAUCAGCACUUUCAGCCCUUUGCCGGAAAAAAAAUAGAAGCUUUUCCCUCAACAUCUCUCAUUAAGCUAACAUGUUGAAAAUCCAAUACUCUCAUCCCUCAGUGAGAUGAGAAAUGGCUUAUAGUUUACUUUUGUCGAGUGAACUCAAAUGAACUCACUCGGGUCAUGCUACCAGAUCCAAGACGCAGUUCUCCCACCCGGUAAAAAUGGAGGUCAUUCCUUAUCUCUAUAUCAACAGCUCUGUCUGUUAGCCAGAGGUGUGGAUGACUCUGAUUAAUGGUGGAAGAACAAAUACACUUAGUGCUAAUGUACACGGCGCCGUCAACUGGUGGUUUAGUGCUAAUAUUGACCUUCCAAAAGCGGGACAACAGCAGGAGCAGGAAGUGGUCUGCUGUAGGUUUGACCCCCCAACCUUGUUUUUUUUUUUCUCUCUCUCUUUUUUUCAUCACGAGGAGAAAAACAAAUUUUGAAGCUAUGGAGACAAUUAUCAUUCAGGAGGACAAACACUGAGCUGUGGCCUUGACUUUGACAAGCUAACGCACUGGCGGGUCAGCUAAUCAACUGGCCCCUGUAAACUUUGACUGUCUUACCCACGCUUUUCUUUUUUUAUUAAGCGCUGCGGCAAACUCAUUCAUCUUUUAACGAGACUGUUUAUCAAAGAUAUGGAGCCUGCCAAAGGGUUCUGGUUCAGUGUGCCGCCGUCAGUGUCUCCCAGUACAUCUGCAACUUAUCACCUGAGUUAUAAACGUCCAAACGGCUGCUAUAAAUGGAGAUAGGACACCAACAAAGGCGAGCAGUGUUGUCAUCUGAUCAACCAGGCUUCAACAUUGAAGAACCAGUUUAGGAAAACAGAACUGAAGUUGGUUUUGCACAGAGAUGUAGGAUUACUGCAGAUACCAGUCUCUCUGGGUGAGUUAUAAUCAUUCAAGGACAGAAUGGUGUGUGCAGAGAUAUAUCUUUGCAGUAUUACAGUUAACUUUGUGCAUGUACACAUAAACAUACAUGUUAUUCUCAAGGUUAAUAUUUAAUUUUGAAGGAAAAAACAACAUGCCAGCAUUUUGACUCCUAGGAUUGUGUUUGUGAGUGAGGUUGACCAUCUCUGGAGCUCUAAAUCUCAUCUCACUUUUCAUUCAAUGUAGGGUAAGGGGAGCACACACAGAAAUAUUCACAUUUCUACACAAACAUCUAAAACUCAUCAAAACAUUUCUCAUGUCAUUUUAUCCAGUGAGGUAGACCAGUGUUUGAGACAGGGACAAGAAACUGUUUGCUGAAGUUAAGACACUUCAUCCUCUGGUAAACACUCGCAUACAAAAGAUUUGUAAAGUGAACUGCACCAUUUAUAAAACUGGACUCUACGUGAUUGUAACAAGUUAUUUUUGUGAGUUGCUAUAUACCAUCUGCUCUACUUCCGAAGCCAUUGAAGUAAGUUCUAAUUCAGACCUAAAAUUAAUAUUUCUUUCUCCAUUCUUCUCCUCUCAUCAGCUUGCAGCCCUGGCACCUUCAAGUCCAAACAGGGAGACGGUUUCUGCCUGCCGUGUCCAGCGAACAGCCGUGCCAGCUCAGGAGCGUCUAGUGUUUGCUCCUGUCGAAAUGGCUACUACCGCUCCGACGCUGAUUCGCCAGACUCUCCAUGCACAAGUAAGGAAAAGACUGCUUAGAUAAGGAACUAUUUGUGAUAGAAACUAGAAGCCUGGGUGCUUUUGUCACACAGGUGCAUACCUGAUGUUCAGACAGGUAAAAGUUCUACAGAUUCUUGACUGUGUGGGAAAUAUGUUUUCAGACAUCCCUGUUUGGAUGGUGUUUUCCAUUCCUGAUAAAACCUCUGAGGAGCUCAUAUGCUGUUCCCACCACACCAUAUGAGAGUCUGCUCGCUUCCCCAACCUUAUCCUCAAAUGUUAUCAUCUUUCACCUCCCCCAACCGCCUCAACAUGAGGUCCAUUUGUUUUCCAGCGCUGCCGUACCUUUACAGAUAGACAGUGGAGGAAUUUUUCUAGUAGUGGUGCAUUUGCUGAGAGAAAACACACACACACAUGUAGGAGCUAAUUCAUUCACUAGUGAAGAGAAGAGAAGAUCCUUUUUUUUGUGCUGCUGGGGUGGGGGGCUGAUUCUCCCACAGUGCAGCCAGAGAUAAGGCUCCAGUAAUUGGAUAAGAAUUGCCAAGGCUCUGCCAAUAGUUGGUCUCGCUCGUCCCCCCCAGCACUUUACACACACUCGCACGCACACCCAAAUACACACACUGGCACAUGGUGGAAAUGAGCAUGCAAUUCAAAUUUGAACUCCUGUCCUCUUUUUUUUUUUUUUCAGCAGAACUGCUGGAACCGUCUCCUGUUAAAUGAGAGAAAAAUAUGUGUAGUUAAUGCGUAAAAAAAUCACUGCUACCACAGUACACAAUUAUGAUGAUAGCAGCCUUGAAAUAAUCAGUGUCUAUGUGUAAAACGGUAUGUAAACUGUCUUUUGCUGUACGAGUCUCAGCUUAUUGUCAGGGUGUCUCUGUGCUGUCACCAGGACAUUGUGCAUGGAGAUUAAAUUCAUUUUCAUUCCAAACCUAUUUACGCUCUACCUCUCUCUUUUUCAGCCGUUCCCUCCGCACCACGUAGUGUCAUCUCCAUAGUGAAUGAAACCUCGCUCGUGCUGGAAUGGAGCGAGCCACGUGACUUGGGAGGCCGUGAAGAUAUCUUCUACAAUGUCAUCUGUAAGAAGUGUCUACCCGAGCGGGGAAUGUGCUCUCGGUGCGACGACAACGUGGACAUCUCGCCGCGCCACCUGGGCCUGACCCUGCGCAGAGUGGCUGUCCGUAAUCUCCAAGCUCAUACGCAGUACAGCUUUGAGAUCCAGGCUGUCAAUGGGGUUUCCAACAAGAGUCCGUAUACGCCCCAGUUCUCGACUGUGAACAUCACUACAAAUCAGGCUGGUAGGUAAAGCUGCAGCCUUACGGCUCCCUGUCAGAAACGAUACUGAAGUUGUGGGCGCUGCCAGCUAUCAAAGCUGGGACAAGAUGCAAAAGCAUGUCAGAGAAUACCUUCUGCGCUUAAGAAGUAGAGAUCAAUUUCUUAUAUGCUAGUAGGAGUAUGUUACAUAUUUUCCCUUUGAACAGGGAUUGAGAAGGAAGACAUUCUUCUGAAUGGGCUUAGAAAAGGGACCUUUUUCACACGCCCACACCAUGCUCUGUGCUAACACCACUGCAAAUAGCAAUAGCGAGGCAGUGUGUAUUCAAAGUGUUGAACCCUCAGUAUUCUAGCUGCCCACUGCUUCCAACCCACCGCUCCUCCAGCCCACAGCAACAACAGGAACUAGGCCAGUGUAGCAAUCAUGGCAGAGAUUACAGUUUCCAUGCGCAGAAGACUGAAACCCUGUUGAUGUACAGAAUCAUUCAUGACAGAAAUGAUAAGCUACAGUAUUGCAUGUGUGCCCUGUAACACACACACACACAUAUAUAUAAAUGCAAAGUGUCAGCGUUAAUGGUUUUAGAUGGAAAAUAUAGGUGUGUGUAGGUUGGCAGGUAAAUAAGUAAUCUUGCUGUUGUCGAUUCCCUUUGCUUAACUGAACUCUAUCUACGCCUCAGUUUCUGAGUUUGUCUCCUUGAUGAGAUUCUCCUCGAGCUCUUAAAUUUAAUACAGACGCUUUGUUAAGUUUGUUAUAUCUGCUGCCCCCAAACAACACCAGGGAUUAUCCCUUUCGCUCUCUCCCGUCAUCGCUCCAUCGGCCCUGUCCUUCUAACCUCUGGCCCAGAGUUCCUGCUCAUGAAAGAUGCUUUAAGGAAUGCCUUCUGUUUGCGGGUCUAGGACCCAAAGACCCAACAGGGCCCCAUGUGAAGGCUUCAUUGUUUCACAAAGGGUCUGGCACUGAGCUGACAGAGACUGCUGUCCAUCUUGGGUGCUCGGGGUCAGUUGGCUGCAGGGAGAGAAAGGGGGCUGAGGGGAAAGGAAGGGGUAAGAGAGCAUCAACUGUGAUCAGAUUAUCCUCUGGUGUAGUCUCCAAACCAUCCCUGCAUGUGCAUUCACCUUUUAAGAUCCUAAAUAAAUACAAGGGCGGAGAUAAGCCCCAAGAGGCCACCUCCAUGGUUACUCCAACGUCUUCUCCCAAGGGAGGGCCCCUAAUCCCCUGGCUAGAGAAACCAGGGGAUCUGCCUAGGAAGCAUUGUCUUCUGGAAGAGAAAAGGGAGGGCCUUGGUGGACAGGAAGGGAAAUAACCAGGGAAGGGAAGGUUUGGGAGCAAAGAGAAACAGAAUUAUGUCUGGCCACAAACACAGACAGCAGAAGGAGACAGUAAAUGCAAGAAGGAGGAUCAAAGAGCUCAAAAGUGGGGAUUAAAAAACUUGGAAGAAAGGAGCUCGACAGAGAUAGUUUGGAGAUGGAGGCUGUUUGAAAACAUGUGAAAUACAGUAGAAAUCAAAGAAGGUGGUCGUACAAAAUUGAGGAAGGAGUCGGGAGGUAUGUAACUUUAAUUUACUUUAGAAGAGACGAUGCCUACGGAGAUUAAAACAAAAUUUAAGCUGGAAAAAAAGUUGAUGGAGCAGAGUGUGUGGAGGGAGUGAGUCAGAGGUAUAGAACAAGGCUGAACUUGGAAAAGAGCAAAAAGAGACGGAGAGGCAGACAGCACAUGUCUAUUGAUAGGUACAUGUUAACAAAGCAUAGAAAACCAAUGUGGGUGGAGGGCCAGAGUUUAGAUCUGAACAUAAAUGUGUAAAACAAAGAUUUCUUGCUUUUAAACAGUGAAAGCGUGAGUUCAGGAAGCCUGUAGUCAAAUUUAAGGAUGACAUCUGCGAGUAUCUGUGAGCCAUCUGCAACCCGGAGUUUGUCUGUGGACCAGGAGACUAUAUACCACAGAUUUAUCCAUCAGUUUUGCUGCUAGAUUCUCUUGUCACAUGAGAAUUAGACAUUCCCUCUCCCUCCCCGAGGACUCUAGGGAGGGAGAAUUUGAGCAUUAGUGAGGGAUGGUCCUGCAUACCAACUAUUGGCCGAAGCUUUCACAAAGACCAGAGCCUAGCACUUUGUAUUUGAGCUUCUGUGGACACACAAAGGGCACAGGACUUGAAAAGACAUAACACACAGCACAAUCAACAAAGCGUGUUUUCCCUUUAUUCGUUCUGCCCUAUGCAGCUCCAUCUGCAGUUCCCACGGUUCACCUGAUGGCGGCCACAGCGAGCACCAUGAGCCUGUCCUGGCUGCCCCCAGAGAAACCCAACGGAAUCAUUCUGGAUUAUGAGAUUAAGUACCAUGAGAAGGUAAGCAGCAAUGUAAGUCAACACCUCUGAUUCAAUCCCAUUUCAAUGACGUGCACGGUCUCUGUUUAGUCAGUGUUUGUGUUGACAAUACCUCUGCUGAUAAACACAUGGUUGAACCAGUUGUGGCUUGUGUGAUCAUCCUUUCCUCUGUGUCGUCCUUGUCCUCAUCUUCCAACCCUUUCUGUCUUUUUUUCUGUCAUUCCUCCCAAUUCCCUACAUUUAUAUCACACUGUGCUCUUUUUCUGUGCCUGUAAUUCCACUUCUCCCUCUUUCCUCCUGCUUAUCCCAGCUCUUCUCCAAAUGAGAAACUUUCUAGAGGCCUUGAGAGUUUCGACCAGAUAUGUCUGAGGGAGAACAGAAAGGCAGUCUUUGUAUAUCGGCUGUAUUUUGUCUUAUCCCCUCUCCUGUCGGAUUAAAACUCCACUUGCACUUUGCUGCUUUCAUUUCUCUCUCUGGCUAUUGUCCCAGACAGAUAGUGCUGAGUAUUUUGAUCGCUCAUUGUUUCCUUCUCUUCAGGAUCAGGGUGAGGCCAUCGCUCAUACCAUGACUGCCCAGCGAAGCAACGCCCGCAUCGAAGGUCUCAAGGCCGGAACACCGUAUGUGGUGCAGGUCCGAGCCCGAACAGUGGCUGGUUAUGGUCGUUACAGCAGCCCGGCGGACUUCAGCACCAACCUGCAAAGUAUGUCACUCCAAUUCCUACUUCAUUACCUAGGGAUAUGUUGGGAUAUUUGGGGCUUAGCUGCAUUACCUCUAUAAAAGUGCUGUGCAUAAGCCUAUGAGCAUAAUUGAGGCUCAAAAGCUUAUGGACCUAGGUACCGCUGUGACUAUUUUUUGGUGCAAAAGAAGUAAAAUCCUUGUAGAGAAAUUGACUUUUGGUUUGGUCUAGUCUUUCAUUCGUAUGAAAUCAGUCCAGGUAUCAGCUUUAAUCUUGCUUUACAAAAUAAUCACCUUUGAGAAGAGAAAAUUACAGAAGAAAUGAGUCUUUUUUUAAAUUAAAGAAUAUAAAGUGUAAGCAAAAGUUGUACUCAGGAAAAGUCAUCAACUUUCUCUUCGACUUUCUACAGCUGAUCCUCCAAAGCCGUGGCAGGAGCAGCUGCCUCUCAUCGUCGGAACAGCCACCACCAUCUUGGUCUUCAUCAUUGCAGUCGUAGUCAUUGCUAUUGUCUGCCUCAGGUUAGUAAAAAGUCUCAUGCAGCUUCACAAAACAGUCAGAUCUCCGAGAACAUGAGCAACAAAUAGUUUGGUAAAACAUUUCUGCACCGACUCACUCUCUGCUUUUCUCUAGCUGAAGGAUUUCCAAACAGCAACCACUUGAAGAAACACUUUUUUUUUUCCUUUAAGUAAAAAGAAUUGGAUACCUUAAAAUGUCAACUUUGUUUGCAUGUCCUCCAAACCACCCUAGCAGUUUUUCUGUGCCACCUGUGAGGCCGCUGAAUUCCAGAUUAGUCCUCUGAAUGUGUGAGUGGUAAACAGCUUUGGCAAAAACGCUUCUUUGCUCACUAGACACAGCAUGGUGGAGCAGCUGUUCGGCCUGAUAGGCCUGCCCUCAUGGCCCGGCACUCAGAAUCAUCUUUGCAGCCGCCCGACCACAAAGAACCCCAGAUGCGCCCCUGUCUGCUGGGCCCAAUUGACUGGGAAGAUGCGAGCGGCUGCUCAGACCUUUCAAAAAGUCUGACACUGCUUCUGUUGGGUCUAACCACACUCGUUUAUCCUUAUACCACUCAUUUGUCAAGCUGUAAAUGCAGAGCUUGUGUGUAUAUAGGUGUGAAAGGUUGGCACCCACCGCUGACUGGCGCCCACUGGGUUCCCUCCACAAGCCAGUUCAGGCUGUGGCUGACAAGCGUGAGCAUCAGUCACGCUAGACUGAAUAAUAAUCUCCCUGGCUCCCCUCCUCUCUUGCUCCCUGCUGCCUCUACGCUCUCUUCUAUUUUCACACCACUACAUUGUGUCUCUCUCAGGGUCUUGGCUUAGCCAGUGCUUUGACUGCCACAGAAGAAGAAGAAGAAGAAGGAGAAAAUAGUCAUCAUACAAAACGCAGAGCUUUGGCAUAUUUCGGAUCUGAAUUAGAAUUUGAAAUAAGAUGCAAAUCACCAGCGGGUAUUAUUGCCCUGGUUACUGGUUAGACAACAAAAGAAGCACAUUAACAUGUAAUUUCAACAACCCAGCCCCCUCGCUCUGUCAUCUCUUUACACACAUGCAGGAGGACAAGGAUACGGAAACUGUGGAGCAUGAGUAAACUGAAAACAGAAGAAUAAAAAUGUUGAGGGAAUUAGUAAAAUAGUACAAGAGAGUAAAAUAAGAGGCGGUUUGAAUGAAAUAAACGGUGUAAUGUCUGUAGGGCAGGAAAAGCGAGACAGCUGAGCUUGCUGUUUGAGUCUGCUUUUGUCUCGGCUGCUCAUUUUCAACGUACCAAGAGUGAAUGUUUUUUAUUUUGUUUUUUUUUCUUAUUCCAGCUUCACACGAUGGUACGGCAUCCUUUUGUUCAGAGUUGUGUUCCAGUCCCCAAAAAUGAAUCAUUUUUACCAGCAGGCAUUGAUCCAGUCUUUAUCUACAGUGUAUUCCUUGCUUCCAAAGCAUAAAGACACCUUUGCCAAGCCACAUCGUAGUGCUGCAACAUUUUUGCAGACAUUAUUAGGGAUCUGUUUUCUCUCCGCGCCUUUGUUCCUUCCAGUACUUGCACCCUGCUGUGUGGAGUCCACAUGACUAAGUUUGGUUUUUUCAUCUCUUUACAGAAAGCAGAGAAAUGGUUCAGAGUCUGAGUACACAGAGAAACUGCAGCAGUACAGUAAGUCUCUCUGCUGAGAUACCUUCCUUUCAAGCACUGUUUAAAUUUCAAGCUGUUUUCUUGUACCUCACCUGAAACUAUACUGGGCUAAAGCUGCCGUCAGAAUCAGGCGUAAUAAAAAAAAAUGUUGUCAGUCGUGUUCAAAUGCAUGUAUUCACUUUCCCGUUCUUGCCACUGAAUCCCCUAUAGUAACGCCGGGAAUGAAGGUCUACAUUGACCCCUUCACCUAUGAAGACCCCAACGAGGCAGUGCGCGAGUUUGCCAAGGAGAUAGACGUGUCCUGCGUGAAGAUCGAGGAGGUCAUCGGCGCAGGUAACCCACCAAAGCUCCUGAGCUACAGGGGGAAGACUGCUAGUCACCUCCAGGCCAUACCGUUAGAGGACUUCACACCAAGCGGUACUUUCACUCAAUUCAUCGCUAGCCCUCUCCUUGCUCCCACCCCUCCCACACUCGCCACCUCUUAGGACCCCCCUCUUACAGACGUCUCCAGCACUCUCCUGUGUUCAAACAGUACUAGCCACAGUGUUAAGUCAGUGUGACUCCACAGUCCUGUCACCCUUACGUUGAUUUUGGAGUAGAUGUUAUACCUUGUGUUUAAUGGUUCAUCAUUUCACCCAAAUCCUGAGAACAGAACUCAAUCCUGGAACAAAAAGAGAAGCAGCGUGAGGAUAUUCAUUUAGUAUAAAUAAGGAGGAAUCAGCAAACAUUUCUAUAACUGAUAAAAAAGUUUUUCUUGAAUUUAAUGUGAGCAAAGAGUGAAUAAUGUAAGUCUACAGCUCCAUACAGACAGGAUUUAUUUCUCUGGGGGAAGUUUUAAUCCUGUCCCAAUGCAAAUGUGAUUUUUUUUUCCUCUUAUCUCUUCAAGCCUUAUUAUUUUUGGGCACACUUGUUUGCCUUCUAUUUUUAAACUUCUCAACGGAUAGACACAAACUGUAACUCUGAAUAAUCGCACAUAAAUCUACCUACUUUCUCAAGUCUAAGAUUUUAUUUAACAACCUUGUUCGAGUCCUGUGGGGUGUAAUGAAUAAAUUCUCACAUAAUUAUUACUGCGAUUAGUGACAUUUACUUCUUAUUUGAGGAACCCAGUGGAAAAUCUUCAUUUGGGUCAUAGCUUUUGUACUUUGAGUUUUUACAUAUUAAGGUUUCGGGAAUAUGUCGGUAUGUAACAACAGAUUCAAGCAGAUCUCCUUCACCCUCCUGAAGUUAAAAAUCCUGUCUGGAUGGGACGUUAAUCGUUAAAGAUGUUUCCAGGAUUGGCCGUCUCUGACCUUGUCCACUUUAAAGUGUCUCCAGAACCUCUUUAUCUAAGAGAGCUUCUGCCAGAUCACGACAUUUGACCUAUUAUCCUAGUAUUGUUUCCACUAUGUCAUUGUUUCCCCUCCCUUAGACACCCCCCCUCAACGUUUGAUGUUGUAGAUAGUUGAAUAUUUGAUGAUUCUGAUAUCAUUGAUAGUAAUUUAUAUAUCUGCUCAAAGCUGCAGGACUUGUGCCAAAUGAGGUUGAGUUUUCUUAGCAUUGUUUCUGAGCCAAAAGCGGAGGACGUUGUGAUGGCAGAGAUGGGAGUCUCUACUACUGCUUCUGCUACUACCAUUACUACUGCUACUACUACCUCGAGAGCUCUUCUACUGCUGAGGCUACUACUUGAAACCCGUCGCUCCCCAGCAUUCGCCUUUAAAGUGACAAACCCCUCAACCCCUGUCUUCCCUGUCCCCUCCCCCCUCAUCUCCUCUUCCCCUUCCUAAAAUCCAUCCUCCCAUUCCUCCAUCCCUCACCCUCUCACCCCCCUGGCCUCUCUCACUUGUGUCACCUUUGCACCUUCGUUUGCGACAUCGCUCUCAUCACUUUGCAUUCAUGCACACGCUUGGUGUAGACUCUAAACAUAAAGCGUCCACAACCCCCAAAACUCCAAAGCUUCUCUCUCCGCCUUCCUCCUCCUCCUGUGCCCGCUACUCCAGCCCCUCUGAAGCUUAGCGACACCCCCUCGUUUCUUUCUCCCUCCCCCCUUCUGUCCCCUUUCUUACCUUGUACCCUGUCACCCCGCUUUACCCGUUUUUGUUCGACAAGUGUUUUCUAUUUUCUCCCAAUCCGUCACCAUGCCUCACGUUCAUCACGCUGUUUCUUUUAAUCCGUAGCAUAACAGCACAAAGUUACUGUAUGCUCACCCUGUCACCACCAUCCAUUGACAUUGGCCUAGAGACCUGGCUUCUCUUGCAGUCCCCCCUGUCCCACUUCCCUGCUACUCCUCCCUGGCUCCUUGGUUCUAACCAGUUAACUGUACCCUCUCCCCUCUUUUCCCCCCACUCUCCUCCACUCUACCGUCAUGCCUCUCUCCCCUCCCUCUUUCUCUCACUCUCCUCCCAUCUCUCCUACUCCUCUUUUUUCUGUUUCUCUGGCUGUCCACCUUGGCUCUCACAGGAGAGUUCGGAGAGGUGUGCCGCGGUCGCCUCAAGCUGCCCGGGCGCAGGGAGAUCAUCGUAGCCAUCAAGACUCUCAAGGUGGGCUACACUGACCGUCAAAGGCGAGACUUUCUGUCUGAGGCGUCCAUCAUGGGCCAGUUUGACCACCCCAACAUUAUCCGUCUGGAGGGUGUGGUCACGAAGAGCCGACCGGUGAUGAUAGUGACUGAGUUCAUGGAGAACGGAGCGCUGGACUCUUUUCUAAGGGUGAGAAAAACAAAUACAGCUCUUAUGAUAGAUAAUAGUUAUUAAUUAUUUCCUGAUUAUGCACUUAUAAUAGAUGUUUUUUCCCCUUAAAACUGAGACGCUGUAUUUCAAGGGCUAUCUACUAAAUUCCUCAGUUCCUCCUCCUCCUACACUAUCUAACAAAUAAACCCUUACAGAUUUCCCUGAUCUCGAUUUUGGUUAUCUUAUUUCCUUAAAAAAGUCUUCUUUAGUUCUGCUACAGAGCGUUAAGAGGAUAUCAGGCAAAUGCUGCAUUCAGGCAGAUGGUGACAUUUACAAAAAGCUCAGUCUGUGCUGAAUCACAAUGUCAAAGUCACAUCAGACUGUGUCUGCUGUGAAAAAGCGGCUGAUAUGAGAAGAUAUGGAGGAUGGAGAGACAGAACUGGAAAAGACUUUACAGCGAUGAGUAAGAGGUCGUAGGAAAGAACUGUGAGAGAUACUUAAAAGAGAAAGACAGUUAGGACAAAUAAAGGUGAAAAGGGGACAAACAUAAAUAUUUAUUCCUUUGAACGCACAACCUUGAUCCACAGUCCAGUUUAUCGCUGUUAUUCUCUCUCUACCUUUGCCAGCUCAAUGACGGGCAGUUCACAGUGAUCCAGCUGGUCGGCAUGCUGCGCGGUAUCGCAGCGGGCAUGAAGUACCUGUCAGAUAUGAACUACGUGCACAGAGACUUGGCUGCCCGAAACAUCUUAGUCAACAGUAAUCUGGUGUGUAAGGUGUCGGACUUCGGCCUGUCUCGUUUCCUGGAGGACGACCCCACAGACCCCACUUACACCAGCUCCCUGGUAAGGAAAAGCAGAAGAGUGUGUGUGUGUGUGUAUGUGUUUUUAUGUAAAUGCAUACAUGUUCAAAACCAAUGUUUAAAGGUGCUACAUGUGACGUUGAAAACAGCAACGCAUCAUGAUCAUGUGAACUCCAGCUCCUUUCACUCUCAACUCCAAGGUAGUUCAGUAGUUAUCAUGUAAAUAAGAGGGACGAAUUAAAAAGAGCGAUAGUGCAGCCAAGUUACAGUUUAGAAAUGAAUUUGAAAUUUUUUAGGGUCAAAAAAUCUUAAAAUCCAAGAAUUCUGAACCUUUUGUAAAAUUGUGACCUGAACAUGUUGCUGCAUGUGUGUUUGGAGCAGUUUGCCAGGCACGUAACAGGAUCUUUAGCUGAUAAUUUAAUGGAAUGUCUGGUAUUAAUAAACGACUGGUUCUUAUUCUUACAUGACCGAACAUGUUAGAUUGGCAAAGGAAGCUGAGGUUCGUUGGCAAGGUCAGACGAGAUCGUCAAGAAUGAACAAGUGCCCUGAGAAAAAAAAAAAACAGACAGACAACCGCCUGGUUUGUUUACAAAAGUGCAGUUUUUCUGCUUUGACUUCUUAACUAAAAAAAAAAGAACAGUUCACUUUCCUUUCAUUGCAAACCAGCUUAAUGUGUCACAAUGACGAAUCAUCAAACGGGUUAAUUUUGGUAAAAGGUGAAAGUUUUAUCCAACUUGUCAAUCAGGUUAAGCAAAACAUCACAAAACGAUUGUGUUAUUUUGGAGCGGCACUGGGAACAUGAGAAGUCUGGGAAUCAUGUGAAUCAGAGCGCUCGUGUUUGAUGACCUUUGCCAGACAGAUAUUCAGACAGAUUUCUAGGAUGGCGGCUUAAUCCUCAACCGCAUGAGUAUUAAAGGAAGUAGUUUAAUUUACAUACUAGUGAUUGGGCAGUACAGAGUUAUCUCAUGUCAGAUGACCAGAAGAAGUCAGUCGCCUCAUUUAAAGUUUAUUCUGGAUUCAUGAUGAUGAUAUGUUGAUGUUAAACAACUCACUUUGUAGCACAUUAAAUAUUACAGCUUCAUGUGUUCGUACACGUCGUUCUCCGUUACUGUCUUACUAACCUCGUGUGUGUGUCUGUGUGGUGUUUUGGUGGCAUGCACCCACGUGUUGUGCAUCAACAUUUCCCUUAGACUGUGUUUUUUCUCACCCUCUCUCUUCCUCUUGUAUGUGUGUGACUCUGUGUUUGUGAUCCAUCCCUCCAGUAUUUCAUGCUCACCUACUCAUUCGCAUAUCCACAGGGAGGCAAGAUCCCCAUCCGCUGGACGGCUCCCGAGGCGAUCGCCUACAGGAAGUUCACCUCGGCCAGCGAUGUGUGGAGCUAUGGCAUCGUCAUGUGGGAAGUGAUGUCGUACGGCGAGCGGCCGUACUGGGACAUGAGCAAUCAAGAUGUAAGCUGGGGUCAUGUGACAUUUGCAAACUAAAUAUCUAAUUUGUAAAAAAAGAGCUAUUCUGUUGAAAUAUUCAGGAGCGGCAGUAGCUUUUUGCAUUUCAAGAUGAUACAUGCGGAUAUUUAAAAUUAUAAUCGAUUUCAACCACUUCUGCUGUUACUGCCUAAAAGCUAUUCUCUCUCUUCAAAUCCACCCACAUCUACCACUCAGAGAUAAUCUUUCUCUCGCUCUUAUUUCUAUAUAUUCCCCAAAGUUUUUCUCCUAUUUAUCUCUCACUCUUCCAUCAUAUUCCUCAUCUGUCCUCCCUUACCUGCUCUUUUGAUUGACCCUCAUUGUCUAUCUCUGUAAUUAGAAGUUAUUGUGAUUUCUUUGCUGCUCUUCUUUAGGUGAUAAAUGCCGUGGAGCAGGACUAUCGACUGCCCCCACCCAUGGACUGCCCCACAGCGCUACACCAGCUCAUGUUGGACUGCUGGGUGAAAGAGAGGAACCUACGACCCAAAUUCACCCAGAUUGUGGCCACGCUGGAUAAGCUCAUACGCAACGCUGCCAGCCUGAAGGUGGUCACCAACAGCACACAGUCCACUGGGUAAGUUGGAGCGUGGUGAUAUGAGAGUCCUGACAGACGAAGAUAAAAGCGUUUUUUUUUUUGUUGUUGUCUGUGUCUGUUUGGCAGAGCGUGGAGUUAUAAAGCAGAAAAAAAGCUUUGAUCGUGGCUCCCCGGGGGGCCGAGUUAAGUUUUAUUAGAUGAUUUUCCUAAAGGGCGAUGAUGUCUAAUUACGAUCGUAUCAUUAUAAUAUUUGUGGGACUGGCUUCUUUAAAAUCUCCUCCAUUUCUUUGGGCUGUACAUUCGAGGGGACCUGCUGGCCUCAGAUGAUGAAUUGCUGUAAAAGGUCAUUAGUUUAUCGCAGAAAUACUCUUGACUUUUUAGCCGUGAGAUUACCAGCCGAGUCAUUUCACUCAGCAGUAAUGAUUUGACUGUGCAAAUAUUCCUUAUCCAAGUUGGUAUGGUGUACGUGAACCACUCUGACUCAGCUCUAACAAUCUCUUAACACCUAUAAAGCGCAGAUUUCUUCUCAUACAACUCUGUAGUUCUCACAAAUGCAGCCAGGGCCAUUAUGCAAAUCCAAAUUACCAUCGCUCAAUAAAGCCCUUAAAGCAACUCCCCCGCCAACCGGGAGCUCAAUCAAUGAUGUCACAUCUACAUUUAGCCACGCUCGCUACCUCUCUCCUCAACUUGUUUCUUGGAAAGAAUUCGGAGGACAAAAAAAAAGGUGGCGGAGUUGGAGCGAUAGGCAGGGAGGGGUGACCUACCUAUCUGUCCCUUCAACAGGGUCUUUCUGUCUUCAGGGAGGGCCACAGACAAUCCAGGUUUUGGGCUCAUGGGGGAAAGCAGGGUCUCGGUUGGCCACCAAAGUGACGUUCUUGGAAGAUUAAGCUUUGCGGUUAAUUAGCUCGAUUAGGGCGAUGCAAAAAGAGUUGGGAGCGCCUUUUAAUUAGCCACUAACGAGAUUUUAAACGGGCCAGCGGAGAGGUGGCCUCCUGCCGACAAACCUAACAAGGGAAGAGUGAGAGAUGAUACUGUCACUGUGGUCGGCGGUGAAGGGUGGCUGGAGGUUAGCUAACACUGUCUGGCAUACCAGUCAUUUGUUCCAGGCGUUGCUGUAUUUCUGCACUCGAGGUUAAAAGUGCAGUGAAAAAAUGAGCUUUAGUGACAUUUCUACUGUUGUAAAUGCAGAAAUAAGCACUAAAUCCACUCUCCUCAUAGAAAUGCAGUCUAGUCUUCAGCAAUCUAACCUUAAGACCUGGUUUAACUGCAAAGGUCUCUAUACCAUUAACCUUCAGCCAGGCUCGGCGUCGAACUGUUUCACUCGCUUUCAUACAAAACUACCCAGCUCUCUCGCCGUAUCCCUGCCUGUGGCUCACAUGUGGCUUGCAUCGGUCUGAACUUUUUUGAAGCCAGCUUUAGAGAGGGAACACUAACAAUGCUCCAUUAAGAGAAGCCAGAGUCUGGUGUUAACGACGGCCCGAGGCCUUGGGCUCCGAAGAGCAGGCCUUAUUAAAAAUCACUCCAUCUACACCACUCAAUGGAGCCUCUGUAUCACUGUUAUUAACUCUCCCCCUCUAUGCCUUUUUCUCUUUUCUCCCUCUUUCUCUCUCCAUUCCUCUUUUAAUUGUUAAUGAAUCUAAUGCCAUCAAAAAGGAUGACAGGGAUCAGCAGAGCAGAGAGGAGGGAAGACAGUGGUGCUCUUUCAGUCCGCCUGCUCCCUCAUCUGUUUCUCCUCCUUCACCUCCCUGCCUCCCCGUCUCUCCCCCCCCUCCACCUCCACCUUCACCUCCACUCUUCUUCAUCCGCUCCACUUCACUUUGAGUUGUACCACAGUUUUAUUAAAACUCCCAAGGUGGCCUCUCUAUCUGCAGCACUGAUCAGAACAGAGGGUUUGCUUUUCUUUAGAAAGGCCUUUUAGGGCUGUCAACAGGUGGGCAGAAAGACACCAAACACAUUUUCAAGAUAACACAUACUGACAGUAUACAGCUCUUCAGAUUAUUCAGCAUAGAUACAGAGCUAGACACUCCUUCAAUGUGUUUCCAGCGUCUGCAAAACAGUGAGUCAGCCCCUAAAGGGCGACAGCAUCUGUGUUUACAUUCCACAAAUCUUCCUCCAUCGUCAUGAAUCAUUUCGCCAAAGAUGUCUUUGCACCUCCAUUGGUUUAUCAGCUGCAUAUCUCUUUGUCUAGCCAAUCAUGACCUUCUACAGGAAACCUGUGCUUCCACAAACCCUGAGAUGAUGCGGUCCUAAAGUAUUCUGCGACCGCUAGUAGAAGUAAUCUUGUUUAGCUGAUGAAGCUGAAAAAAGAGGAAUCAAAUCUAUUAAAUUAAAUACAAACCAGAUUUUUAAAUUGGUUAAAAGUGCAACUCAGUUUUCAAGUGACUUUUUGUCCUUUUUUAGCUAAGGGAGCAGAAACCUGAAACAUAUCUACAUGUUCUCAUGAUUCCCGUCAGAAUAUUUUACAUUUAUGUGACUCCUCCAUUCUGAUAACGCAGAUGCUGCCAGUUAAAUGUGUCCUCAACCCCCCAAAACAGCCCACAUGUUUACUAUAAAACCUGUUCUUUAAUAGUAGCGGUGAUUAGACACGCAGCCUCAACAAAAAUCUGAUCUGUUUUCUUGUAAAUGGCGAUGUGCUGAGUCAUCAUUUAAGAGGAGAUUUGACAUCUGUUAAUGAGCACACACUAGCUCGCCUCACCAGCUGCGCCAACAUUCACCACCCAAAGCUUCCAGCCAGUCUCUCCACAGUUAUAAACCUUGUCCCCCCCCCCACCCGCAAACAAACAAACACCCUCACCCCCCUGCACACAACUCCUUACAAGUGGAGGAGAGGAGAGGAGAGGGGAGAGGAGAGGGGGAGAGGUGGAGAGAUGGAGAGGUGGCGCUCAGCGGGGGGCGUUUGGGGGUGAGGUUGAGCCAUUAGAGGCAGUAGAUUGACGACCUUAACCUCUCUCUCUCUCUCUCUCCUUGUUUCUCUUCCUCCACCCCCCACUCUCUAAUGUAGGGUAUCCCAGCCCUUGCUUGACCGCUGUGUGCCAGACUAUACCACUUUCACCACUGUGGGGGACUGGCUGGACGCCAUCAAGAUGAGCCGCUACCGUGACAACUUCGUCAACGCCGGAUUUGCUUCGUUUGACCUGGUGGCCCAGAUGACAGCAGAGUGAGUGGAGAGGGAGUGGAUUCAGCUAAUCAGGGCUGCAGUGAUUGACUGGGCUGAGUCGGAGAGUCAAAUUAGUGUAAAAAAGAUUGACCUUCAGGGAAUAAAAAUAGUUGUGUGGCUAAAUGAAACUUGAUAGGAUGUGAAAAAAAGGCCCUGAUGAGGCUGGGAUAUGAAACGGCUACUUUAAAGGAAAUAAAACCACAGAUUUCACUAUGCUAGUACAUUCAGCGGAUGAUUACAGUAUGAUUCAGGUUUAAUUUUGCUUUUAACUUUUUGAAAUAAGAGGUAAUAUUCAGACCUGUCAAAUGAAUUCGACUAAGUAAAAUAGACUUGUUUCAAAUGUGAAAAUUCUGGAUUUUCUUGCAACAAAAUCUGCAAAAAGACAUCAGUGAGAGGUUUCACCCGAGUGCAAAUUGAGCAAACACAAAAUCUGACAUGCUCUUCCUGCACUUUAACACGUAACCGACCAAUCAGGACAGGUUUGCUGUAGUUCAAUUAUGUAAUCAGGAUCAGGAACGGUAACAAUCAUCUUCUCCAGAAUUGACCACAUCAGACACAACAAUCAACCAAACCCCCGAAUUUAACAUCCUAGGAGGAAUUUUUGGCGAGUCCUUAGAGCUGUUUCCAUAGUUACAUCAUCCAGUUAACCUUGACCACUCACCUACCGUCUGCUGUGUUUACAAACAGGAAAUGAUGUAAUGGAAAUCAUGGAAAUGAGAGGCUAGUGAUGAUCAAAUAAAUGAAUUAGGAUUAUAAUGAUAAAUAAAUUAUCCUCAUUAGCGACAUAAUAGGCGAUGGAGGUGGGGGUAAUUUGUUUCAAUUUGGCCAGGCUGACAGGUGUGGUGUACUGUGGCUCUCUGUUGCCCUUAAUGGCCAGUAAUUCCUCUAAUGGUGCCCAUUUAUUAUCAUUUCAUCCUCUACCGCUGCACCGAUGGGGACGGGGAAAUAUGAAAAAACAGAAAACACCAUUUAUUUGUGUGAAAUUGCGGUGAUGCCCCCUUAUUUGGCUUUGGAGAGGAUAGAUGGGCCGUGUGGAUUUUUGUGUGCUUUCAUGAACGUUAAUGUGUGUGUGUGUGUGUGUGUGUGUGUGUGUGAGUGUGUGUGUGCGUGUUUGGUCGCACGCUUUUGCACAACAAUAGAUGGGGCCACAAAGUCAUUGAGACAAGCAGAGUGGAUGCCGUCUGUGUGUAAUAUUAGAUUAUCCAGUGUUUGUGUGUGCGUGUCUGUGUGACUAAACGGAGAGGACACAGACUUUCGCAAAGCCCCGACGGUCAGCUAAUCACCGCCCCAGACGCCGUUCCCUCUUUAGCUAGCGGCCAGGGAAAUCAAACAUGGGAGCGGAAAAGAAAGGUUCACAUGAUAUUAUUGUAGUGUUAAACCAACAUGGCCAUGACUGUUGGGUUAUUUUAACUAAUGACAGCAAAGGCAGGUGUGUUCUCCCGGGCCUUUUAGAGGAUGUAGGCAUGUCAACUGUACGUCAACAAUUUUGUGUUUUCCCACUGCACCCUCACACCGAGGUUCAAGUCCUUUACAUACUCCUAAAAAAAUCAUGCUGAAGCUUGUGUUAGCCCUCGGCUACAGGAAUAAUAUUCGCUCCUCAGCCGUAGUUUUUCUUGGACUCGUUCAAGCACUAAGGAACUUAAACUUUGAGUUUACUUAAAGCUGAUUUCACAGAGCAAUUCUAAGCAUGACUGAUGGGCUCUGUACUGAGUAAUCGGUCGAGUAUCUCACAGAUAAAGAUGAUUUUCUGCUUCCCUGUUUCUAUAGAUAAAUGGCAGGCUGGUGUGAAAUCUGCCAGCUGCUGCACAGUAGCAAAGUGUCCUUUAUAAUCAUUAACUAUCACAUUAUGGUCCCAUAACUCCCCUCUUCUUGCCCACCUGCCGGGCAACAGAAGUACGCUGCAUUAAGAUGGACAAUCAUUCGAUGAGAAUCCACAUCUUGUUGACAUAUAAGUCGGCCGUUUCAUGGAUGAUUGCCAGCCCACUCCUCUCGCCCUGUUCCCACCUGUUUGAGUGUGUUUACCUUGGAAUAAAAAGUGAAAUCUGCACCUCUUCAGACAUGUGAUGUUUGUUCUUUUAUGACUAGACCACCUGUCCUUAUUUUCUUCUUCUUCUUCCAUCUCCCUCCACAGGGACCUGCUGCGGAUAGGAGUGACGUUGGCUGGUCAUCAGAAGAAGAUUCUUGGUAGCAUUCAGGACAUGAGACUACAAAUGAACCAAACACUUCCUGUCCAGGUGUGA